CGUCACCGUAGCCAGCGAAAAGCUCGAGGUCCAGUUCGGACUCCUCUAAAAUGGCGACUCUGUGCUAAACAAAGAAUCGGCGACAGCCCAGCCACCCGCUUCACAAGUGCAGGAUUGUUAUUAAUCUAAUGCCAAGGCUCAUUUGAUAGCGGCGUAACCGACCGAUUUUCUUGAAGUGUCUAAGAAAAUAAAAUAAAAAACGCGAUGGAAGGAAAAAUAGGCCCGAUGACGUGCACGCUGGAAGCAGGUAAGCCAAUCAGAGAAAUAAUUUGUGUCACAUGACGCAUGGUGUCCGCCAUCUUUACUGUGGGCAACUUUAUGUCUAUGCAACUAGGCACCAUGUGGAACCUCUUCCAUAAGCACUAUAAUGGAUACCGUACAAUGUGCCAUGCACGUGUGUGCUGUGAUUGUCUGUUCAUCAGUGCGGAGGGAUCUAAUGUACAUUAAGCAGCCACUGCUCAACAGAGCUGUAAAAUGGGAUAGCCCAGUAAAUCUGACUUUUUAUUUUUUAUACCUUUUUUGAGACAGUGGGUCAGUUGUAGUAAAAUAACUGUUUUGAAUUAUGUGUGCCCUUAAAAUCAGCCAUUACUGAAAAGUAGGAUAUGAUUUUUGUGCCAUGAGGUGCACUGAAGAAAAACACAGGUUUCAUAUCAUCUAUAUUGUUUACUCACUAAACAGUUUUCGCCGAAAGUUUGGAAUUGGGUUUAAAUACAAGCAUAUAAUGAAUGAGUAUUGUUAAAAGUUAUUCACUAAAUUGUGAUUUAUAAACUUUAGCACAAAAUGGGCGAGUAGGAGAAUUUUAUUUAUUUUGCUUGAAGGAACACUUAAAGGACCACUCUAGGCACCCAGACCACUUCAGCUUAAUGAAGUGGUCUGGGUGCCAGGUCCUUCUAGGGUUAACCCAUUUAGAGAAACUGCUAUGUUUAUCAAUGGGUUAAGCCUUCCUCCAAAUCCUCUAGUGGCUUUCUCAUUGACAGCCGCUAGAGGCGCUUGCGUGCUUCUCACUGUGAAAAUCACAGUGAGAGCACACAAGCGUCCAUAGGAAAGCAUUAUGAAUGCUUUCCUAUGCGACCAGCUGAAUGCGCGUGCAGCUCUUGCCGCGAUUCAGGCGAGGGAGAGCUCCCGCCCUGCUGGAAAAAGGUAAGUUUUCCCCCUUUUCCCCCUUCCAGAGCCGGGCGGGAGGGGGACCCUGAGGGUGGGGGCACCCUCAGGGCACUAUAGUGCCAGGAAAACGAGUAUGUUUUCCUGGCACUAUAGUGGUCCUUUAAGGCACCAUAAUCACUACAACAUGUUGUGUUGGCAGGAGUGCACUGAAGUCACCAAAUCUUCCCUCCACAGUAAGGUGUCAAACCAUUUUGACUUCUUACUUGGGGUGUCACUACCUACCUCCACUAUGUCCUCAGCUGAGCUUUAAAGGGACACUGUCAGUAGGCACCAGACCUCUUCAGCUCAUUGAAGUGGUCUGGGUGCUGUCCCUUUUGCACCUAUAAAACAUUGCAGUUCCAGAGAACUGCAAUGUUUACAUUGCAGCACUAAGUCUGCCCUAAGCCACUGAGGGGGCUUUCGGAAUUGUAACAGACUUUUGGUCCUUAUCUGACUCUGGGCGUCCUCACGCUCUGCAUGAGGACCUCCAGCGUCAGAUUUUACCCCUAGGAAAGCAUUGAUUCAGUGCUUUCCUAUGGAGAGGUCUAAUGCACGUGUGGCAUUUGCUGCGUAUGCGCAUUAUACCCCGCUCGUCUCACAACGGAGGAGGGGGUAGAUCUUUGACCCAGCACAGAGGGACAUUGGUGCUGGCAUAAGGUAAGUAAAUAAAGGAUUUUUAACCCUUUUAUUUGCCCGGGGUGCGAUGGACGGGGGAGGCAGAGGUAUGGGUAGUGCCUUGAAUACAGCUUUAUAUUCUUGGCACUACAGUAUUCCUUUAACCCCUUAAGGACACAUGACAUGUGUGACAUGUCAUGAUUCCCUUUUAUUCCAGAAGUUUGGUCCUUAAGGGGUUAAGCUAUAUACCUGAACUCAGCCCAACAUUAAGAGCAUGCCACCCAACAAUGGUAAUAGUAGGGGAGAGGGUGGACAAUGGGGAUCCGUAAUUCAGCGCUCUCCGUAUGGUUCUAGUGCCUUAAUUAUAUAGAUUUAGAAAGGAGAUGGCCAAAGGGUCAAUAUCCCAAAAUCAAGAGGAAACAGAUAACGCGGCCAUCUUAGUAGGGGAAAGGCUGCUGUGCCCCACCUCCCCCUGCUUAUAGCAUUUACUUUCCCCUACUAAGAUGGCCGCCACAUUCUCAUCAAUAUCGUUUUAGCUAAUUUAUUUAUACUUAUUUGUACAACAUUUCUCCCCUUCUAUCCCAUACCUACCAGUAACUACAUGCCUCCUACCCUUAUUUGUACCCUAGUUCGGCUAAACAUUUAGUUUUCGCUGAAAACGCCAACAACUACUCCCAAAACUACAUUUCCUUUCAGACCUUGCGCCUAGUAAACUCAGCCGCACACGUAAAACAAGUCACAUGCUUCGGCUUCAAACAGCUGAAACUAGCUAUACAAUGCUCGGAUGGUCCCCAAACCUCCUGCUAUCAACCCACACUAUUAUUUAUUGAAUUUUUAAUGUACCAAAUUUCGAUGUGUGCUGAUUGGUGGACAGCCUAUGAUGUAAUUUUGGUGCCAUUUUUAAACUACGCUCUCCCCUAAAUAAACCCUAUUUGCCAGGUUGUCUGUUAUUGAUCCAUUUGAUAAAGCCUACACGGUGAAACGUGUUAUGGGCAUUACCUUUUAAAGACUUUUUAUAGGGAAUAAAGGAUUUUUGGUUUUACUAUAACCCACUACCUCCUUAUUUCAAUCAUUUAUUUAAACAGAAUUUUUUUUCCUGGCAUCUUACCUAUUUUUAACCUGAAGACCAGUUACCAACUCUACUCUCAAGCACAUCCUAGGUGGGGAUUAUACCACUAACGCUGUCAUCACUGAGCAGUGAGUCUGCUCCACGCUUGUGAGUAAUAUUCUGCUUAUUUUAUUUAUUUGUAUUAUAUUACUGAGAGCACGAUUUGUGGCUAUCUCUUCCUCUCCGAGCACCUAGAUUACCACCUGCUGUGAAAGACUACGACCAUCAUAUCCCAUAAGUGGGAAUUAUACCACUGUAUGCGAUAUUCACUAGAGCUGGUCAUAGCUCUUGUUCAUGUGAUUGCAAUAUUUUUAUUUCUUAAGUGUUGUUCGUCCAACCCAGACAUAUUGCACUAUCAGUUCGUUCUGUCUUUUCUUUUUCCACAUACGGAGACUGAGAAGACCCUUCAUACCCCCCCAAGUAUAAAGAAUCAAGAAGCCACCGCUGGAUUAUUUUAUUUAUUUAUCUUACUUAGAGACUAUUUUUUUUUUUUUUUAUAUAUCUUAUUUUAUUGGGACACAAUUCUAGUAGCCCUUCUCCAUUUGUUUUCUUUUCUGUAUGUUAUUCUUAAGGGUUGAGAGAGAUCCCCUUCUUAGGGUUGCUGCCUUAAUUUACUGUUGGUAUUUAGCGCUGACCCAUUUUGUUUUUUACCAGAGUAGCAAACUGUGUGUCUAAUGUGCUACAAAAUAUCUAAAUCGAUAAACAAGUCUAGACUGUAAAGAAACCACAGAGGUGUGCCACAACGGUAAAUAGAAUUGAAUCAAUGCAGUCACCAAUUGGUAUCUACUUCGGCUACACAAUGUAUUUCUAUGAUAUUUAUCUUAAUAACAGAUUGCCUCAUUACCACGUCACCCCUUAGGGGUAUGUUUAUUAAUAUUUACCUUUUGAGAAUUGGACCUUUAUACUCUGAUUACGAUGUAAAACGGCACUAUCACUCGCGAUUUUGGAUAUUCCUCCUUUCUUCAGUCAUCUCGGCCACCGUACCUACACACCCCCCGAGUCCAAACGUGACCAAUCGGGCUAUUUAAACCCUACCAUACCGGGAGUCAGUUCCCUCUGAUGAGCCUCUAAUCAAGGCGAAACGCGCGUUGGGGCGCGACUUCUUUUUCAACCUUGUUCUGUCUCCUGCUUUCCAUGGCACCUCUUAGUCGGGUUGACCUUUCCAGUCGGAUAUACCAUAUAGCCACCUAGGUGCCCUGGAACUGUGAUGGCUGACAGCUGUCCUUAGAAAAACUGACAAACUGUCACGGUUCUCGCCGCAGCAAACAGACAGCCAGACGUGGUCACCCAUGGAGUUCCCAACAAAGGACUUGAACCGGGGAACUUCGCAGUCCUGGUCCUGCUUCCUUCCUCUGAGCCACAGCAGCUUUUGUAUUCCACAUGUCAUUCUGGUCCUGUUCAUCCUGGCAUGUCUAUUACUCUGGGGGCUGUACCUUGACUUUGGAUGUGCUUCACCUGACCCUGAUCAGACAUUAGCAGGGUAUUUAAACUCAGCCUCGCCCUGUGAUCAGCAUCAAGUCUUUGAUCCUGUUGUGUGCUUUGUACCAGUGUUCCUGUCGUUUGAGCUGCUACUUGUUAUUGACCCCGGCUUCUGACUACGUUUACUCUGACCUCUGGCAUCCCUUGACUUCGGCUACUCCUCGUUGUUCCUGUCUUCUGGCAUCCUUUGACCUCGGCUAUCCUUUGACGAUCCUGCUGUUUGAGUCCUUGCCUGUCCUGCGACUUGGUACUUCAUCCUGCACAGACCCACAGGCCGGGUGAAUUCUUACCUGACCACCUUGGCCUGUGGCUAUCUGCAAGGGUGAGCAACAUAUCUGCGCUACAGACUCCCAACCCAGGUAAGACCCUGACACAAACUAGGUACCGAUCAGGGCAAUUUUGGUAAUACCUAUUUAUAUUGGCAGCAUCAUAUGAUUUUGGACUGUUUUGGCUCCCUUUGCCUGCACUAUAUAUCUCCUAAUCUUUCCUGUGCUAGGUGCCCUUGAAAGCACCAUUCCAGCUAUCCUAUCUCUUACCAUUUAUACUCAGUAGUGAGUGUACGGCACUUUGGCUAUUCCUACUGACUUUGUUGCAAGUGUAUGUGCCACAUAUUGCCAACUGCGGGAUAGGACGCUUAAUGAUUAAAGGACCACUAUAGUGCCAGGAAAACAUACUCGUUUUCCUGGCACUAUAGUUCCCUGAGGGUGCCCCCACCCUUUAGGGACCCCCUCCUGCCGGGCUCUUUCUCCAGUGUCGGGCGGGGAGCUCUCCUCCUCUUCUCCUCCGCAGGAGCCGCGCGCACAUUCAGCCAGUUCAUAGGAAAGCAUGCACAAUGCUUUUCUAUGGACGCUGGCGUCUUCUCACUGUGAAAACCACAGUGAGAAGCAUGCAAGCGCCUCUAGCGGCUGUCAAGAGACAGCCACUGGAGGCUUUAUUAACCCUAACAUAAACAUUAUGUAUGUAUGUAUGUAUGUAUGUAUGUAUGUGUGUGUGUGUGUAUGUGUGUGUGUGUGUAUAUGUAUGUGUGUGUGUAUAUAUAUAUAUAUAUAUAUAUAUAUAUAUUUUACUGUUUGAUCAACCUAUGAACGUAUAGUUAUUCCACUUCUUAAUUAACAAGACUACGAAUUCCAUCACUACUAGGCAGACAAUGAGAGUUUAUAUUUUAUGGGGACAUGCCAGUUAGAACAAUGGGACCAUUGAACGGCUCCCUUUCAUGGUAGUUAUUAUACUCCUAGGAUAGUCUGCUUGUUACCGAUAGUUUGGACAAAUUGUAUACGUAUAGAGGUAAUCUCUGACACAAGCUUCCCUUGAUGGGACACAUUUUAGUCGCUGCCAGUAUCUCAGACUGAGCUUGGGCUGACUGUUACAAUUCAACUCUUUCACUACACCGUGAAAUAUAUCACUGUAACAAAUUUACUUCCGAUACUCUGACAGUAUUACUAUUUACCGGUGUGGCACAGCUACCCCUUUGUGGUUUCUUUACAUUCUAGCCUUGUUUAUCGAUUUUAGAUAUUUUGUAGCACAUUAGACACACAGGUUGCUACUCUGGUGCAUAUCGCUACAGCGAUGCCUAUUUACUCAGUAUGUGUGUGUGUGUGUGUGUGUGUGUGUAUAUAUAUAUGUGUAUGUAUGUAUGUAUAUAUAUAUAUAUAUAUAUAUAUAUAUAUAUAUAUAUAUAUAUAUAUAUAUAUAUAUAUAUAUAUAUAUAUAUAUAUAUUUAUUUAUUUUUUAACUACACUUGUUACUCCUCACUUCCCCCUCCCCACUUUAUAUGUGCUCUUUGCUUUGACUACCAUAAUGGACUUUUAAAGAGUCAGGUAGCCAUAGCUAGGGUUUUUGUACCCAUUUCUGUUUUUCUUUUGUUUUUGAUCUUGCCGUAUUUCUAAUAAAGCAUAUUCUUAUCUUCUUGCAAUUCUAAUAGCUUUUAACAGCAUUUAGACUACUUAUAAUAAUAUCAGGAACAGAUCUUCCUUUUUCUUGGUAUUAAUUAUAUAGAAAAUUAUUUCUAAAGUUGUACUACCUUACUCUUUUUUUUUUUUUUUUUUGUGGCUAAUUAUCUCCAAAAAUGGAAAACCACGACACAAAUUCGUAAUGGCGGUAUUUUCCUGAAAUCUGGACUGUUUUUUUGAAGCCUUCUACAGUGUCCUGUAGUGGUUAUUGUGUUUGGUGAGUUCAAAGAACUGUAACCAAUAGUUUUUGGCGUGUUCCUUUAAAGUUUGAAUUACAUGAAUGUUUAAACACAUUUUUGCUGUACUUGAUAAAAGAGUUAAAGGGCGUUUUAGCCUAUUUGCGAGUGCUUCAGAAGUACUUAGCGUAUUGCUGCUUUGUCAGGCAGACUUACAUUCUGUUCAUUUUUAUGUCCUUGUAUAUCGCAAGUGAUGCUGAUUGAAUUACAGGCACACCGUCCUGACAAAAUUGGCAAAAUCUGCACACUUAAAGCAGCUCUGUCACCUUCCCACUGCGUAUUUUGAAAAGUCUCCAGAUCGUGACGUUGUCGCUUGCAGUGAGGUGGCUGCAGGGUGCAAGGAAAGGGGAAUUUUACUUACCUGAACCUGUCCCUCUCGCCUACUUCCAUCAUCUUGCACUCCUGUCAAGUGUUGUAUUUAAGGUCUGGACAGGAAUAUUCUGAUGAGCCUAAUAAAAGAAGGUAGAUUUCUGUAGCGGAAUGGGCUUUGCUACUAUCUAUCUUUUAUACUAGAGGCUGUCCAUAACCCCUUUUGUUACCUUAUUUUAUUGGGAUUGCAACUGUUCGUUACUUGUAAAAGCAAGUAACAAGUAAUAUCCCUCUGUUAAGCUAUUUCUAAUAUAUAGUAACUGGGUGAUCUCCUAGGUGGUCGCCAAUCGGCAUACAAACACGUGGCGGUGGCCAUCUUAGCAUACAAGUUAUACCAGCGUUGUUUGGUCGUCGAGUGUCUGGAACUCAAAUCGGACACUCAACGGCAAACACCGCAGAGACUUCCAUCCUCGUGUAAGUUCAUGGAAACUCAAGAGAACAGAGCGGCAUUCGGUAGAAAGAAUUACACGAACAAGAGGAAUUGCACGAACUAAGACAUGAACCAUAAUUUUAUGUACUUUCAUGAAUUUCAACUUCCCGAACAGAGACUGACUGCACAGCCAAAACUGGAACUAUGGAACUAUGGAAAAAUGGAACUAUUCUCGGCUUAUACCUCGUGUGCGGUCUGUAAAACUAAGACCUCCAUAAAACUCUCGAACCCCUGAACCGAUCUGGGUAAUCUUUCAGUAUGUUGCUCCCCCAGAUCAGGGCUAUCAGAGGAUGUUGGAAUUAUGAGUGUAUGACAUGUUUUUGGGGUAUUUUCAGAAAGUAUUGUGAUUUAAUUUUUUUCUGUUUGAAGAUAAUUGAGUUGAUACAGUAAUUAACUCAAUUAUCUCCUGAGCAGAGGGGAGGGAUUGUGUGUAAUGUAUGGGAGUGACUUAUUACUUGACUAUGUCUGGCCAUUAAAGGAUCGGUUCUGCUCCUAAUACUGAGUGUCGUCCAGUUAUUGGGAAAGGUGAUGGGAUAUUCAUGUGUCAUCUUGUACUUAUGCCUGCUGUCUUGAAGUUUCCAGCUUGUUCCUGAAUAGCUAUUGGUGGAAACAGGGGAGAAGAAGCCCUGCUACCAUUGCUCUCUGCUACAAUUUCCAUAUCCACGGUCCUAGUAGUUGUGGACGACAUGUGGCAAUCCUACUGCUAGACCACACAACCUGUGUACUCUCCUUUCUCUGUGAAUAUAAUAUCUCAUAUUUGGCUUUGAGGUUGUGUAUCCAGCAUGCCUGCAGUGCACAGAUCAAUGUACUGGAUAGCUAAAAAAGGAGUUUGAUACAAGUAAAGUAAAGCACCACUGAAAUUACAGCAAUCUUUUUAAUGAUAAAUAAAAAGAAUGGGGACGUGGCCAACUUCUGGUGAGAGCUCCGAGACCCUGACAGCCUAAAAUAGCGUUAUAAUUGCAUUACCGACAACAAAAAAAGGCUUAAAACAUUGGAUACUUUGAGGUAAACAAGAUGUCUCCAUCCAAGCAAACAAAAUUAACGGAUUCGAUCUGCUCCAACAAAAAUGAUAACCACAAACAACAUCAAGAUGGCGCUGACUCUCAGGCACACUCACCUGCCUCGGAGGGAAAUUCGGAUCAUGUGAUGUCCGGUGCCAGCUAUUUAGAUAACCUGGUCACAGAAAAGACCCUGCACACUAUGAUGCAAGAUUUUAGAACCACCCUACAGUAAGAUCCCAAGCAGAUUGCUGCGACCAAGACUAAAGAGGUUGCUGAGUUGGGGAUAGGACCAGCCAUCGAACAGAAGAAUUAUGUCAGGCCCACAUCAAAGUAGUAGACGAAGUGCAAAAACUGGCUGAAGAACAACAAGCCAUAAAGUACAAGCUGGCGGAUAUGGAGGACAGGUCGCAGAGAAACAAUGUCCAUUUCCAAGGAAUAGAGGACAGUGUCACUCUGGAGGAAUUACCUCUCUUCCUUAAAGCAUUGUGCACUCGAUUCUCCCAAACGCUUUGGAUUAGGCCUGGACUUUUGACCGUCUACACUGUCUACCCUGGCCGCAGAGAUUUGCGGUGGAUACACCAGGUGACGUGAUUGUCCGUUUUCAUUAUGAACUCUUGUCUGCUGCUAGGAAGCUUAAUGAACUCCCAUCUCCUUACCAGAACAUCAGCAGCCACCAUGGCCAGAAGACGAAACUUUGUGAACAUCACCAAGAACCUACUAAACAACAAGGUAGCCCCGAUGGGGUUACCCCACAAAGCUUUCAGUCUGGUGCAACGGCAAGACCCAAGUCAUAUCGGAUCCGGAAGAAUGGAUGAAAGUACUCACGGACUGGGGCUUAUGGAAGCCAGGGAAUACAGCUUCACCGAUUUCCGCAUCGCCAAGGAAGAUCCAGGGAGAGUGGACCAUGGCGUCUCUGACAUGGACAAAGGAUCCAAUACUUUUAGUCAGGGAACCCAAAUUAUAUCAGGUGCCUGGAGAAGCAAUUAAAACACAACACAAAUGGUUGUGAGACCAGAAUUACUUCCUGUUCGUUUAUUCAAAGUAGGGUGUAUUUAUACACAAUAUUGUUGCAGCUUAGCUUGAAGGUUUAAAAAUGAAUGUAAUUAAAGAAAGGAAAGUCAAAAGAUAAAAUUAGUUAAUGUGGCUACAUAUUUCAGAAGAUCUAAAAUUAGUUUACAAAACAAUAUGUGGUUACAUAUUUCAUAAGAUAGGAAGGUCACAGAUAAAAUUAACUAGCAAACAGUCAAACAAUGUACAGUUUCUCAAAAUAAGUGCUCCGGUGGGGGCUUGAAUACACACAGAACGCAACUUAUGUUGACCCAUAUACAGCAUUUUACAGAGGAAAAAAUUCAUAACCUAUAAAGAGCAUCAGAUGUAGGUCUUAAUUUAAUUACGCUGAACAUUGGAAUCAAGAUCUAUUCCCUCACAUCUCCUACAAAACCAAACUGAUUCUCUGUUUAAACGCAUAGAGUUACCUUCGUGCUCUGUUAUGCAUAUCCUUUGAGUAUUCUCAAGUCUAAUUUACUUCUAAAUUACAAAUAUUGAAUGUGUUAAGUUAUGAUUGUGUGGAGGGUAGGUAGGUGUAUUUUCUUAACUGAAAACUGGUUUAUUACCGUAUCCACCAUAUAUUCCCCUCUCCAUGCAGCAAGUGUGUGCAUUACUUCUACCAUUAUGGGGUGCUGCUAAGUUUUUUUGAUGUUCCUUUAUGAGCCUUGAUAGCAGGCGCGAACGAUGCAUAACUUGUAUGUAAUAUAGUUGUUAAUUUAGUAUUUAUUCUCCCUGGGACAUCUGCCCGAAUUGUGGGGACAACUUCCCUUUACAUUUGAAAAUAAAAAAAAUAACACCAAAAAACGAAAAUCACAAAAAAAUAGUUUUCACCUAGUUCUGGUAAAUACAGAUGUCACCGUAUACCUAUGAAACAUUUAAAUAACAGGAGAAAGGCUCAGCAUGACCUGGUGCGACCUCUCGUGUCUGGUAAUAGCUAUUAAGUCAUCACUUUACCUAUAAAAUUUUGGGGGCUCUAAUGGGGGUUACUGAAAUCUUCCUCCAAGGCUGUAUGAUCGGGAGUGGGACUGGCCUCACUCGUUCACGUUGUUGAUACAUACUUGUGGUUUUUUUUUUUCUCUCGUUAUGUUUUCCUUUUUUUUUUUUAUUCCUCACUACUGACUUCAUUAGAAGUAUUUCAUGCGUGAGCACAAGCAGAUCCCAGACGGUUCAAAGGGAUUUAGGCAUACUAGGUCAGCGGUUCUCAAUAAAUGUAAGCUCUAUACAGCCCAGCUGGAUCAUGGAGCCAGGGCUCACUGUAAGUUCUGCAUACCUUUUACUCAUUAUGUUAGCAUUAUGUUGACAGAUGACAGACCUACUUAAAAUAAUCUCCUAUAACGUUAAGGGGCUGAACCACAGUCAUAAACUGCACUUGGUACUCCUUGAUAUGCACAGGUCUGGUGCGGCGAUAAUCUGCCUACAAGAAACACAUUUCUGUAACCAAACCGCCUCCCCCCCCUGCCUAAUGUCCCGUAGAUACCCAACAGUGCACCAUGCUUACUCACCCCACAAAUCUAGAGGAGUGGCUAUCUAUAUCCACUCUGAUUGGGCUUUUUAUAUAAAUUUGAUCAAACAGGCAGACUCUUAAUUUUGGUUGGCUCCCUAAAUGGUAUUCAACUUUCAAUUGCGUGUUUAUAUGCACCCAAUGACUCCCAACAAUCUUUCCUGCACACUGCAUUUAAGAAAAUAAUGCGGAUGCGCUAAGGCCACCUCAUUGUGUGCGGAGACUUCAAUUGCACCCUUGAUCCCAAACUGGAUAUUAAGAGAGCAGAUGACAAAGCCCCUACUUCGAUAUUCCUUCAAUUGAGCCAAUAUUUGACAAACCUGUUGCAUACCAAUAACCUGUACAACACCUGGCAUGCCCUAUACUUAUCUGCUAAGGACUACUCUUACUUCUCCUCAGUGCAUACGUCAUACUCUCACAUUGACUUAUGUCUGGUAGAUAAAAUGACACUGUCGAACGUAAAGGACGUUACUAUAGGCCCAAGAACUUGGACAGACCACGCACCAGUAUGCAUUACGCUACAUCCUCCACAUCUGGCCAGGGGUAGGGGCAAAUGAAGAUUAAAUGAAGCCUUACUAAAUGCCCCAGAACCUUUUUACAAACUAACAAAUGUCUUACAGUCCUACUUUCAGACCAAUCUUGACUCUGACACAUCCAUAGAUACUCUGGUUGGCCCACAAUGCGGUAAGUAGGGGUGCCCUGAUACAAAUAGGUUAAAUUACGAAAAAACACAACAAGGAUGCCCAGUCACGACUCCUCCGGCACCUAGCCAGAUUGGAUGCCCAAAACAAACAACGGCCAUCGAAAAACCUUAUCCAGACAAAUCGAUAGCAUUAACCAAGAACGCUGACUGUCUCUUAUAACAACAAAAAGACAUCUGCGAUCACUUAGGCAAAUUCACUAUGCAUCUGGUAACAAAGCAGGGAAACUAUUAGCCAAAAAACUUAAAACUAAAUAUCUCCAAACCAAAAUCCCCUAUAUUCUAUCCAGAUCUGGCGACAAAUUGUUUAAUCCAAACCACAUAGUGGAAGAAUUGGCAGAAUUCAAUAAAAUAGAAAUAGAUAAUUUCCUGGGUGACGUACAACUCCCAACAAACUAGACACACCGUUUACAGAUGAUGAAAUUAGGAUUGCAAUUUGCACCCUUCCGAAGCACAAAGCACCGGGCCCGGAUGGCCUUUCCAACUACUAUUACAUUAAAUUCAAUAACAUUUUAACCCUGCAUAUCACAAAAUUAUUUUAUGCGAUACGGACAACAAGCAUAAUUCCUCAGGAGAUGUUAGAGGCACGUGUUGCAACUUUACCAAAGCCCAGCAAGCCUCCAACUUUGUGUGCUAACCUAUGCCCUACAUCACUGCUAAAUGACGAUCUUCAGCUGUACGCUAAACUUCUUGCAUCCCGCAUCAAACCGCUGAUACCACAGCUGGUUUCGGCAGAACAAGCAGGGUUUGUCCCAAGACAGCAAGUGGGUGACAACACCCGACUGUCUCUUGACUUAAUAGAAUGGGCAAAUAAUAGUUCUCAAAAUGGCACUCUCUUGGCUUUAUACGCAGAGAAAGCCUUUGACCGUUUAAAUUGGUCCUAUAUGGAAGCUGCCCUUUCGAGACUUGGUUUCUCUGACUCAUUUGUUAAAAGUAUAAUAGCCCUUUACUCCAACACCACAGCAAUGGUUUUUACACUGGCUUCCUGUCAUCUGCGUUUCCAAUUUCCAACAGCACGUGUCAAGGUUGCCCUCUCUCUCCCAUAAUAAUGUAUUCUUUGCCUGGAACCUGUAGUCCACCACAUCAAAACCAGUAACGCAAUCCGAGACCUGUCGUCCCUGGCUGGGGAUGUUUGCGGAUGACAUUCUGAUGUUUCUACAAGAUCCGCUAAACUCCUUACCACCACUUUUACACCUCCUUUCAUUGUAUGGUCAGAUUUCAUAUUACAAAAAUGACACAUCAAAUACCCAAGCGCUCUCCAUAAAUCUGCCCCGCCAUACCAAACAACUCUUACAAAGCAAAUCUAACUUUGACUGACAUGUUAAAUGGUUGACGUAUUUAGGUAUCAAACUUACAAACAACCUCCAACACCUACAUCGAGAAAACCAUUUACCCCCUACUUAAUAAGCUAAAUACUCAAUUGGAGCAAUGGGGGGACUUGGAGAUGUUGUGGCUGGGCAGAAUUAACGCCAUUAAGAUGAUGGUCAUCUUAUACCUUUUCAGGACUGUCCCACUAUGUUUGCAUAAGAACAUCAGAAACUGUAUGCAUAAACUUAUAAACUCUUAUUUAUGGAAAAGGAAACCCCCAAGGGUUUCACACUUGUCAUGGCUCCCGCUUAAUGCAGGAGGUCUGGGAAUCCCCUGUAUAUGCAACUAUUACAGAGCCUCAGUAUUAGCGCAAGGCAAUGACCUUCUAUUAAAACGAACAGAUCUGGUUUGGGUCUCUAUGAAAAAUGCAUGCAUUUUCCCUGCUUCUUUAGUAAACCUACACUAAGGCGAUGAAACUAUAGUGUAUGGAAUACUGCUUUGUGUUGCUUGCACUAUAGAAACAGCCUUUGUAUUGCACUUAAAGGGAUUUAAUGGAAUAUAAAUAUUCUUCAACAUAGAAUAGAACUAUUCUUCAACUUGGCAAGAAGCCGCAUAAUAUAGAAGCUAUAUUAUGCGGCUUCUUGCUAAGUUGAAUAGUUCUAUUGUGUUAAAUUAUCUAUUUAUUUAUUGUUUUUUUGUUUGUUUUUUGUAUAACAAUGUUGGUGCUUUUAAAAAGAGGUUAUAAGUAUUUAUAAAACUGUUAAAAUAAAUUACAUAUUUUCACUGACUUACACUUUUUUUUUCUCAACAGGAAACAUAUUAACUAAACCAAUUGGUUAUAUUGAAUCUUGCUUCAACACAAAAAAUGGCACACCCAGGCAGCCAUCUGUUUGCAGUUUGUCACGUGCCUGCUUAAGGAUAAGCAAGAGUGUAUUCAACAACCCUGAACAUUCAGUUAUGGGCUUAGAGGAAUUCUCUCAUGUAUGGUAGGUAUAAUGGUAUGAAAACCGCUAUGAUACCGUGCCUGAAUCUAAUGUUUGUAAAGAUGACUCUCUUUACCAGUAAGUGAAGACUAGACAAUAAAAUUGUACAUUUUGGGUCACAAUACAUGUAAACUGUGUGCACAGUGUUUAAUCAAUAAUUACGUGAUAUUUCCUGCACAGAAGCAUUGUCUUCGCGCUCCAGACUUAAGUUUCCAUGACUUUCUGAUCCCUUUCUGGCUUUACAAGAUCACCUCCUUCUACUGAAUGAUGAAAGUAGACAUCUGUGGAACAUUCAUUAUCUGCAAACCCUGUUCUACAGAUGGUGUUCAGUUUCAUGAUAUGAGUCUCCAGACCUCCUAAAGCAGUGUAAUGCUUUUGUCAUACCCCUGUCUGAAUUGUACCCUAUUCUUCUUGUGCCCAUUCCCUUAAAAAAAAUACUUUAUUUAUUUUUUUCCUCCAUGAAUCUUCUGUUCCCAUCUACCCCAACGCAGUUUGCUGUGUUCUGUUAUUGGAGAACGGGGCGGUUAUGGCUGCAAACCAAUUAAAUAGAAUAGCUUUCACUAUGACCAAAGAGCUAAUUGUUAUAUUUAGACCACACUCUUAGAUCUGCUGGAAAACCAUGUUAUCACUGUUCCGGUUGCACAUGAAGACCUUUCAGUUCAGUUAGCUGUUCUUUCUCCAGCUGGUGCAACAGACUUCUAGAAAUAUCAAGAGCAGAGAAGAUAGAUAAUACAGACUUAUGUCAAUGGUCUGCUGGUAACCAUGCAAAUCAUAAGCAGAUUUCAUGGUCUAACAUCAUCACUUUUUAUGCCACUGAAUACUGUCUAGUGGUGUCUCUGGGGAUGCUCAGAUCUCCUAAAUGGGAACUGUCACGGCAAGGGUGUAUAAUUUAUUAUUACACUAUGGAAUAUCAUCUUUUAAUGUAAUUUGUGUAGUAAAUGGCACAAAUUACAAAGAUGCUAUUGCUGAGGUCAACAGGGGUUACAUCUUUUGAAGCUGGGACCCCCACAGAGGUCAGAUGACAGAAGGGGUAGUGUGAAUGGCAUAGCAAUGUGAAAAGGAUUUUACUAUAUGGAUGUGAAGUAAUCAAGGAUCUGCAAGGUGUGAGGUUCUACACUUGGAAAAAGUCUGAAUGUCUCUUCAUCCAUUUGACAUAUACCUUGUAAAGGAUAGUUCAAUCAUUUGAAAUGGUAAUGGGAUUCGUUUCAUUCGGAUCCUUGUGUUCCAGUAUCUUAUCCAAGUGAAACAUUCAUACUUACCCACAGGUUAAUAAUUAAGCCUAAUUUUUAUUAUAUUUGGAAUGGGACAAGCCCAAUCUUUUAAUUAAGCCCAAACAUGAGUUGCACAACUUAAACCGUGUGGCAGGACUUGUGAUGUCCGUCCUAUUUGAUCGUGGGCGGGGCGUGCAACAUGUCUUUGGAAUGGGAAAACAAUAACAAAUUCAAAGAGGCAAUUAUUAUUUCUGUGGCAAGUACAGUAGAGGAGAUAAAACCAAAAGUUUGUAUGUGACAUGUUGUUUUCUGGAACAAAGGAGGUGGUCACUUAGUAUCCACCCCUGGAUGAGGCGUGGCAUCUCACAGGGUAUAUGUCCUGUGAUCCUGAAGGGUGUUUGUGUACUUGCUUGGGGCCAAGAUCUAAUUUUGAGUGUGUCACCAUCUUUCCUUGCCAGAGACCCCCUGGACAGAAGUUGUACUUUGAAAACCUAAGUGAGUAAUUAGGACUUCUUUAUUUUAUCCUUUUUGUUUUUAUCUGUUGUUGGUGUAAAUAAUUUGUUUAUCAUAUAUUGUUAUAUGCACUGUGAUUAAUUUUUGCUCAUAAUAAACAUUCAUUUAUUAAGUUCUGCUUUUGUCUGGUUAAGAAUCAUGUUACCUGAAGAGACUAGUUAGUAUUUUUGUAAUUCCUUGAAUAUUGUACUAAGUAAUAAUAUUUGGUGGGUUUUAUUGUUGAUUUACCUGGGGGACCAAGGCACCCCAUUUAUAAAUUGUCUUGGUGGUGGCAGCGUUAAAAUAGUAAUAGUUAUAUUAUUAUGUUUAAGUGUGGGUGGUGUUAAAGGGGGAUUUUGUCAUUAUUUCCGGUCUAGUGCAGACAAAUAGUGAACUCUAACCCUUUCACAACCACAACUACGUCACACACACUCUUGGAGUAGGGUGUGUUCGUGACAGGAACAGCCAUAGGAAGACCUAAAAAUUACUCCUUUUUUUCUCUGCAUUAUGCCUUAACGGAUCUAGCCAUGGAAUGAAACGGUGAGAACCGUUGUGGAAUGGAUCUUUAGACUUUGAGGAGUUUGCAUUUAAUGUAAAGAUGGCAGAAACAAUCCAUUUGCUCAUGGUAGAGAUAGUUAGUGCUUGACCUGUGCUAGGAUCAGUAAUAGAUGUUGGGAAUUGCUGCAUGACCCUGUUUACUAUAUAUAAGCAGACAAACCAUGCACAACAUCCAAGGUGUGCCAAUAUUCCUGUAAUGUAGAUGAAGGAUAAAAAGCUGAAGGUAAAAAGUCCUGAUUGACAUGGAAGGCCGAGACACAGUUGGUUCUGAAUACUGGCACUGUUCGAAGAACUACCUAACCCAGAAGAAUCACAAUUAAAGGGACUCUCCAGAGCCAGGAAAACAAAUCCGUUUUGCUGGCACUGCAGAAUCCUACAGUGCCCCCCUCCCUCCUACCCCAUGUUGCUGAAGGGGUUAAAACCCCUUCAGUGACUUACCUGAAUCCAGCGCCCAUGCCCCUCGGCACUGAGUCAGGCUCAGCGUCGCUUAAAACUUUUUGUGUUUUAUGAAGCCGGAGGUCCCUCUAGUGGAUGUCUGAUAGAGGAGGAGUACUUAUAAAAACUGCAAUAAUUACACUUGCAGGGUUAAGGGUGAUGGGAGUUGGCACCCAGACCAUUUCAAUGGGCAGAAGUGGUCUGGGUGCCUGGAGUGUCCCUUUAAGGGCUCAUAUCUUGACAAGGCAUGGAACUCAGAUAUUUUUUUUUUUCCAGACGUUCAAGCCAUCAGCUACACAAUCUUUAGUCUGAACAGCUAGUCAGAUAAAUCUAAGGGGCUUCAGCAUUGAGAUAAACUACAAUAGCUCUUACCAACAAUGUGGCAAAGAAAAUAUGGUAAAAAAAUAUUUUAGCACUAACAUAAACCUAGCCACCGCCACUAGAUUCAAUGUACAUUUAGUACCGGUGAAAACAGGAAAAAGCAAUAACAACAUUUUCAGGGUAUUAAGAUUCAGGCCCAUAGCAAAGCUCUCCUGCAGAAAAUUUAAGAUAUCAACUUGAUUAAAUGGGUUAUUGUAUGUUCAUAAAAUUGCAAUAAAUUACCAAUUAUGUGCUAAGUAACUGGAGUAGAUUUUCUCUUGGUUUGUAAAAGUGUAGAGACUGCUCCUUUUUGAAGGAAUAUAUAGAUUUGCACUAAACUCCAAACAGCAUACAAAGCUAGGCAGGUGGGUUGAUUAUUGACUGGACUAUGAGAUAGGAAUGAUGAUCGUUCCCAGGGCAGCUUCAGCAGCAUGUGAAGGAGAAGCAGGAACCAAGGACUCCUAAAACGAAACAGAAUAACUGCUUUCACUUCAGUUUUUUUUUUUUAUCUGUUUAGAUCUUCUUAAUUCUAAAUCAGAGUAAUAGAUACACAUGCUGAAUAAUGGAGUUUGUGAUCCGUCUCCUAAUAUGAAAUAUGUAUAUAAAUGUUGUGAGGCUUUUGACCUGCAGCUUGUGGCUUUGGUGGAUCCAGAAUUCCAUUUCAGGAGGGUCACUAAAUGUUUAAAAUUGCAGUUUUGUGUGUGUAUAUAUAUAUAUAUAUAUAUAUAAAUGUUUUCUGGUGUAUAAUUGCAUAUUAAAACUUUAAGAUUUAUUUACAAAGUCCUGCGAGUGCACCUUCCUUGAUACUUAUAUUUUGGCAUACCGUAUAUACUCAAGUAUAAGCCGAGUUUUUCAGCACAUUUUUUGUGCUGAAAAACCCCAACUCGGCUUAUACUCGAGUCACUGUCUGUAUUAUUGCAAUUUACAUUGCCAUAAUACAGACUGGGGGCUGGCAGCGAGCGCUUACCUCUCCUGCAGCUCCUGUCAGCUCCCUCCUCCUCCGCGCCGGUCCGUGCAGCACCUCGGUCAGCUCCCAGUGUAAGUCUCGCGAGAGCCGCGGGGUCAUAGUGCGGCUCUCGCGAGACUUACAGUGUGAGCUGACAGAAGAGCUGCACGGACCGGCGCGGAGGAGGAGAGAGCUGACAGGAGCUGCAGGAGAGGUAAGUAACAGCUCUGCCAGCCCCCCUCCUCCCCCCACUGAACUGCCAAUGCCACUGGACCACCAGGGAAGGAGAGCCCCCCUCCCUGCCAUGUAUCAAGCAGGGAGGGGGGGACGAAAAAUAAAUAAAUUAAUAAUAUAUAAAUAUAAAUAAUAAUAAUAAUAAUAAUAAAAAAAUAAUAAAAAAUAAUAUAACAAAAAAAAUUAAAAAUUUUUUUUUUAUAAAAAUGCCCACCCCCCCCCACCAAGGCUCUGCAACACAAACACACACUGCAUCACACACACACACACACACUGCAUUCAUACAAACACUGCACUCAUACACACACACUGCAUUUAUACACACACUGCAUUCAUACACACUGCACUCAUACACACACUGCAUUCAUACACACACACUGCAUUCAUCAUAUACACACACUGUAAAUAAAUAUUCAAUUAAUAUAAUUUUUUUAGGAUCUUAUUUUAUUUAGAAAUUUACCAGUAGCUGCUGCAUUUCCCACCCUAGUCUUAUACUCGAGUCAAUAAGUUUUCCCAGUUUUUUGGGGUAAAAUUAGGGGCCUCGGCUUAUAUUCGGGUCGGCUUAUACUCGAGUAUAUACGGUAAUUGAAUUGUGCUCAGGUAAGGACAAAAGGACAAGAUUGGGAGAGUGAGUGCUGGAUCCACGUGUGUGUGUGUGUAUAUAUAAUAUGCUUGGCUUGGAGUUGUGGGAGGGGCUUAUGGACCUUUAAAAGGGACUCCCCUGCCCCACCCUCCACUCACUUUAUUCACCAUACUCUUCUAGUGUAGGCCCACUUUAUUUACUGGCCUACAGCAUACGUCGGUUUCGGCACACCUCAAGUAAAUUACUAGUCAAACAUAGCAGUAUGCAUAAUUACUUGGCUGGCAGCAACACAGCAAUUUUACCUUGUCUGGAUACACAUACCAGCUGAAGCCUUUGUAACCGAGUAAACUUGCAGAAGCCAGACACAGAGAGAUGGAUGCAGGAUUUCAGGAAGUAAGAGGUCUUUAUUAACAUACCGAUCGGGCCUCAGAUGAACUAACAUUCCAAAACAGGUCUGAGGGCCGAACACAUGGAGUACAUGCUUUUUAUAGAACAAUAACUCCUCCCAUUAAUAGCUCCACCCGCACAUACCCUUAACCAAUCAGUGGACAGGAUUUGGAUUUCCUCAUAUGGGCAGACCACAUGGCUCAUCCGAAACAAAGGAGAAUGGAAUGUGAUUUCAGUUCCUGCAUUCCUGCACAUGCUCAGUACAUUGAUGACAGUAUCUUAGCUACGUGUAACUAACUGAUACAACAUACACAUAUGCCACGUGGAAAUCUCUGCCUACUAAAUUUACAUUUCACCAAAAUUCCAUCACAUUCCCCCCUUUGAUGCCUCUGGUACAAAUAUUCCAGAUGCAUCACCAAUCAUAGUUUACCAACACCUCUCAAGUAGCUAUUGGACCAGAGCAGACCUUGUAAGCAUCUUAGCAUCAUCACAAACUCCUUCAGCAUUCCUCAUCCUGAGUAUGUUCUCUUUGGGCUAGGGAUUCAUAUCUAUAGACAGCCAUUACAUGAGCAGCUGUCUUUCUUUCUAUAGUACUCCUAUGAUACUACGUAUAGAUCUGACCACUAAUGGAAUUAGGCAGGGCAGAAAGAGACAUAAGAAUAUAAUAAAUACUACUCCUCCUACUAACGCCUUAAUCCCUCCAAGCUGCUCAUACCAACUUCCAAACCAACUACUAGGAUUAUACCCAUUCCAGACCUGAGUAGGUACAUGCGUAAGUUUAACCAUGUGGCUUGUAAGAUUAAGUGCUUAAGCUGUCUCAUUAGUGAUAAUCUCAACCACCGCCUGUAGUCUUAUAAUACAGUUGAGCAUAUAUAUUGGGGUUCUUUAUCCAUAGGUACCAUCUUCUGCCCAAGUAGCAGGCCCAUAAUAAUUAAUAAUGCGCUGGGGAGGCCACUCAUCAUCUUUCCGCUACCUAUAUUCAAGGAUGCUCGCUUCUUUUUAUGAUUUACAUCAUAAAUCUUAACUCCCAAGGUCUCUCCUGUCUCAAUUGGCAACAGGAAGAAGGAUGGUUUGAGCAUACCUAAUACACAUGCCCCUUCCCAAUCUUGUGGUAACUCUGAAUAUGCUUUCUUACCACAGAUCCAAAAUAAAUUUGCUGGGGCUUUCCAAUUGGAUAUAGCAGAUAAGUCAAACCAUACCAAAAACCUGAUGAGUUUGAGUUGCUAUCGUCUCAGUUUCAAGUCCUACAUAUAUUAUGGUCCCUGGAUCUACUCCUAUGCCAUAUAUUUGGAACCCAAAUAGAUUUCCAAACUUAUAAAUAAAAUGUUGUGGAUUAGAGAUGGUCAUAUGGACAGGAUUACAUUCCAUAGAUUUACAGUGUGGUGUAGUGGGCAACCUUUGUAUAAUCAUAUCUUGAUCCACUGUUUUUCCCCAGGUCGCCCACCCUACACAAAAAUUAAAAUCCCUAUUUGGGCAAUCAGGAUCAGUAGAUCUCUUACUGGGACAUAAAUAUUUAUCAUUAAACCCAUAAGUUCGUUCCCAUUUAAGAUUACCACAUACAUUCCAAGGUUUUCCACUACCAGAGAUCGCCUUACAUGCAUCAAAUAGUAGAAUGCCCGUAGAAUGUAUGGUAUUUCUCACAGUCCUAUUUAUCAAGGUCCCCUGGGAGUUACUGUUCCGAAUUACCAACCAAAUUGUAUGGGGUUGGAAUUGGGGAUCAAAACAUUUAGGCUCUCCUGAUAUUGGUUUGCACACACUGUAAUCUAUAUCUAAAUAUCUACACUUAGAUACAGAUCCCCUACACUCAUACUGUGAGUGCCAAAUGAGAGUUUGGGAUAUUUGGUUACCUGUUUUUGUAGUCUUAAUGCAGCUAACACAACUCUGUAUGUCCUCACCUUUAACUUCCUGAAAAAUCACAAAAAUGCCUAAACACAUAAUAUAACAUAUUAUUUCAGAAGUCCUCAUUUCUACUCUUUGACCGGUCAACGGCACCUCAGCUUCCCGAUUGUGAGGGCUGCAAGGAUUGUCGUUCUUCUGAUCCUCACUUUUCUUCAGAGGUCCCUUCGAGACUCUCUGGCUAUGACACGUAGGUAGGUGGUCAGGCUUUAUUAUUGCCGUCAAAACACCUACUUGCUGAUAUCUGUUGUUACUUUCAACUAAGGUGUCCCAAUAUCUCCUCUUAUUAUUUCUCACUCCGACUGAGCUACCCGCUUUAACCGGAUCUUGCAAGGAUUUUCAGAAUCUGGAAUAGCUUGCCCAGAAUCUGCCGCUGGUUUAACCCUAGAAUGAUGAAUCCACAGAGUCACUUCUGCCACCUUUACAGCUGUUGGAGUAGAUAAAAGGACCCCUCCACUUUGGACCUAAUGGAACAAUAUUCCAUUCUUUUAUCCACACUUGAUCUCCCGGUUGAUAGGAAUGAACAGGUGGAUAUAUGUUCACAGGUAACAUAUCUUGCACCCAUUUCUGUACUUCCUCCAUAGUUUUAACCAACUCUACAACCUGCUGCCGAGUAAUUCCUUCACCCAACUGAUUCAAGUUCCCCCUUAGAUUACUGAGUAUGGGAGGUGAACGCCCAUACACGAUUUCAAAGGAAGACAGACCCAUUCUUCUGGUAGGAGUACUACGUAUCCGCAAAAGGACAUUCCACUUGAGCUGAGUUUCCUGACACAUUUUAGCCAAUUGGGUUUUUAUUGUUCUGUUCAUCCUUUCCACCUUUCCAGAACUCUGAGGUCUAUAUGCUGUAUGAAGUUUCCACUUAAUACCAAGCACAUGAGUCAAUUGUUGUAAACACUGAUGGAUAAAGGCUGGACCAUUGUCUGAACCGAUAGAACGUGGAAGUCCAUAUCUGGGUAUAACUUCUCGCAACAGAAAUCGUACAACUUCUCCUGCCUUUUCUGUACGAGUUGGACAAGCUUCUACCCAACCUGAGUAGGUACACACAGCUACCAACAAGUAAUGAUAUCCCCCAGAUUUAGGCAUUACAGUGUAGUCUAUUUGCAAAUCUGACAUUGGGAGUCCUCCCAUAUAUUGAACUCCAGGGGGUUUGACAGGGCCUUGUCUUGCAUUGUUUUGAGCACACAAAACACAUCUUCGAACAGUAGCUCGAGUAAGAUUGGUAUGUAGAAAUGUUUCCUGAGAGAUUCUUCCAUACUACCUCUUCCUGAAUGUGUACCAUUAUGGAAGUUCUGAACAAUCUCUAUAGCCGGAAUAUGUCGGAAUAACUAUUCUUCCAUCUUCUAACUGAUUCCAAUUAUUCUCCAAGUAUUUCCCAGCUUCAUUCUUCAACCACUCCAUCUCUUGGGUUGUGUAUAUGUAUCGGAGUCCAUUGAGACAGAGGUGCCAGCACAAGAGCAGCAACAUACCCCACAUAUUCCUCUUGCAUGGAUUCAGCUGCAUGUUUUGCUGCACUAUCAGCAAUGCGAUUUUCUUUUACUACAUCACUAUCACCUUUCAGAUGUGCCCUGCAAUGUAUAAUACCGACUUCCUUCGGUUCCCAUACCGCCUCUAACAGUUGGAGUAUUUCUGCUGCAUACUUGAUUUCUUUCCCUUCUGAAUUCAACAAUCCCCUUUCUUUAUACAGUGCUCCAUGGGCAUGGGUGGUUAGAAAAGUGUAUUUCGAAUCUGUGUAAAUAUUCACUCUCAACCCUUCAGCUAAUUGCAAGGCCCUUGUUAAUGCAAUCAGUUCCGCCUUCUGUGCUGAUGUCCCUUUCGACAGCGGCCGUGCUUCUAUCACCUUGUCUAUGGUUGUUACCGCAUACCCUGCAUAACUACUACCAUCCGUAUAAUACUGUAUGUCCGGAUUCUGGAUGGGGAAAUCAUGAAGAUCAGGCCUACUUGAAAACACUUCAUCCAUUAUCUCCAAACAAUCAUGUUGACUUUCAGUAGUCUGGGGCAGAAGGGUAGCUGGAUUCAAAUUAUUGAAUUAUUAUAGUUUCGAGGGGUACUCUUGGAUUUUCACACAACAUAGCUUGAUAUUUGGUCAUUCAACUGUUGCUAAACCAGUGAUUUCCUUUGUAAUCCAAUAGGGUCUGUACAGCAUGGGGUACUCGCACAUAGAGUUCCUGACCCAAUGUGAGCUUGUCAGCUUCUGCUUCCAACAGGGCAGCGGCGGCCACUGCUCGCAGACAAGGUGGAAGACCACUGGCCACUGCAUCCAACUGUUUGGAAUAUAAGCUACAGAUCUUUGCCAUGAUCCCAAAUACUGAGUUAAUACUCCCUCAGCCAUUCUUCUUUGCUCAUGUACGUACAGAUAGAAAGGACGCGUGUGAUCUGGUAGAUCUAGGGCUGGGGCACUCAUAAGUGCUUUCUUGACAUCCUCAAAUGACUUCUGUUGUUCAGAGGUCCACAAAAAGGGUCAUAUUCUGUGCCUUUCACAGCUUCAUAUAGAGGUUUUGCCAGUAUCGCAUAAUUAGGAAUCCAUAUCCUACAGAAUCCUGCUGCUCCUAAGAAUUCUCGCACUUGUCUUCUAUUCUUAGGUAUAGAUAUCCAACACACUGCUUCUUUUCUAUCAGGUCCCAUUAUUUUUUGACCUUCGGAAAUAUGGAAUACUAAAUAUUUAACAGUUGACUGGCACAAUUGCGCUUUCUUCCUUGAUACCUUGUAUCCUGCUCUCCAUAGAAUGUGAAGCAAAUCAUAAGUUGCUUGUUGGCAUAUCUCUUUAGUAACAGCUGCUAUCAAAAGAUCAUCCACUUAUUGAAGCAAUACACAUUCUCCUGGGAUGGACUUGAAAUCUUGCAAAUCCUGACUUAAUGCAGAUCCAAAUAGGGUAGGUGAAUUCUUGAACCCUUGAGGUAGUCUGGUCCAGGUCAUCUGACGCUUUGAACCUGUAACAGCAUCUUCCCAUUGGAAAGCAAAGAUACACUAACUCUCAGCAGCAAUCUGAAGGCAAAAGAAAGCAUCCUUAAGGUCUAGAACUGUGAAGUAAGUUGCCCCACCUGGUAUCAAAGCAAGCAGAUUAUAAGGGCUGGGUACAACUGGGUGUAUAUUGACUACUGAAUCAUUAACUGCUCUCAAAUCUUGUACAGGAUGAUAUUCAUCUGAUCCUGGUUUCUGAACAGGUAAUAAUGGAGUGUUCCAGGGGGAAGUACAGAAUUUUAGGAUGCCAUACCUUACGAACUUAUCCAAGUAGGUCUGUAUGUUUUUCUUAGCCUUUUGAGGUAUAUGAUACUGACGUAGGCUCACAGGAUAGGCCCCAAGCUUUAGUUCAAUAUGUAUUGGAGGAAUAUUACGAGCAAGCCCAGGUGGAUUACUCUCUGCCCAUACUCCUGGAAUGUCAAAUAAAGGUUCAUCACUCUUAGGGUUUACACUUGUCAUUAUGGAGUAGAAGCGCCAUUCUUCUUCCCUUGGCACCGAUACCGCCAUUAUGCCUGGUAAUCCAUUAAACCUCAGAGACGUUGAUCCAUUGGGUAGAAAAGUUAUCUGGGCUUGUAGCUUCGAUAAUAAAUAUCGUCCUAGAAGUUGAAUCGGACACUCUGGCAUAUAUAGGAACUGGUACUUCACCAAAUGUCCUCCCAGAAUGCAAGUGCGACUUUUAAGAACCGGUCUAGCUGCGCUUCUCCCAGUAGUUAGAGUUUUUUGUGAAGGCGGAGCCACCAGUUUAGUCACCACGGAAUGUUCAGCACCAGUGUCAAUCAUGAAAGAACUUCUCUUUCCCCCUAUUGCUAUAUCGAAAAUAGGCUCCACUUGGCCAAGGGGGAUGGAGCCCGGUCGGUAUCAAUAGUCUUCCAUGAUAGUGUCAGCCAGACCCACAAAAUCUCUAUCCUCUCUAUCUCUUGGUCUCUGAGUAGGUGGAUAAUAUCUAUCUCCUUGAACACUCCCUCUACUAUUCCUACCGUUCCUCCCAAAACGUCCUCUUCCUCUAUAAUUACCACUAUAACUUCCCCGUACUCUUCUCUCUCCUUGUCUAUUAUUUUCAUAAUGCUCUCUCUGUGGACAUUCAUUCUUCCAAUGUUCUUCCACGCUACAAAACGCACAUUGAUUCCUACUUAAAGAUCCCUUACUCAGCCUAUUCUCGACUCCUUUAUUCACUUCCCUUCCCUGUCUUUCUACACUUGUGAUAGCUACUGCUAGCAUAUCUGCCUUCUUCCUCAUUUUACGUUCUUCCUCCCGCUUUAUCUCAGUUUCCCUAUUCAGAUACACUUUAUUUGCACUCUCUAUUAGCUGUGAUAUGGACAUCCCUACAAAUCCCCCUAACUUUUGCAAUUUUCUUUUAAUAUCACCUUGGGCCUGGCUGACAAAUGCUGAGUCGAUCAUUCGAGAAUUCUCAGGGACCUCUUGAUUAAGAGGAGUAUACAAUCUAUAUGACUCCAAUAAUCUUUCAUAAAAGGCACUAGGUGACUCAUCAAUCUUUUGCAACACCUCAGCCAUCUUUGACAUAUUGAUUGCCUUCUUCCCUCCUGCCUUCAUGCCAGCAAUAAUGGCUUCCAGAUAAGCCCUUAAUUGGGGCAUGUCAGCACCAUUCACAUUCCAAUUUGGGUCAACAUUUGGAUAAUGGGCUGCAGCCCAUGCAGCUGGAUUGGCCUGAUUUUGAGUACGGGCCGUUUCCUCAAGCGCUUUAAUAGCCGCUUGAUUAAUCCGGGUCCUUUCCUCACAAUUGAAUAAAGUUAAUAAUAAUUGCUGGCAAUCGGCCCAGGUGGGAUUGUGUGUUUGUACAAUAGAGGUAACCAAAUCUGUCAUAACUUGAGGUUUGUCGGUAUAUGAAGAGUUAUGAGUCUUCCAAUUAAAUAGAUCAGUUGUGGUGAAGGGGACAUAGACAAACACUGGAUCUGCCCGUUGUAUUUGGCCAUUUUCGUCAACGUGUGUAGGGCCCGGUGUAAGUCGGAGGGGCAUUUGGUAAUGUCGGGGUUGAAGGGAACCAGUCAUCAGUCGGGUUAAUAUAGGACUUCCGCGAGGCUGUUUUAUAGUAAGUUCCGGUCUAGGGGUAGUAAGGUAAGGAGAAUGAGGAGGGUUAAUUUUACAGGGCGGAAGUUCAGUCAACAGGAUGAUGCGGGCCAGGCUGGGAGGAGCCUGACCAGGAACCAGAAGUGCAGUUAAUUCCGGAUAUAUAGAACUAGUGGAGGUAGGUAUCGAAAGGGGAGGACUCAGGGCAAGUGGGCUGGGCUCUAAACUAGAUGAAUGAGUGGGCAGGGAUAAUGGGAAAGGGGGAGUGGCAACACCAGCAGCACCUCCUAUAACCUUAGAGGAGGAGUAAGGGGGUGGGGAGGGAAGUUAAGACUCAGAGGGAGAGUCUAAAAUGGGCGGGGUUGCGACCCUGAUGGACAGGCGAGUCCUGGCCACCAUGAGGCGACAUUGCUCCUUGUGGCAUACCUUAAUUCAUUUAGGCAAUUCUUCCACAAUCUGUUUCCAACAAUCAAUAUACGGAAACUGAUCAUGGAAUUCAGGCCUACUAGAUACAACCGCGUGCACACGUUGCACUAGAGUUAGAUCAAGACUACCAUGUGGAGGCCAUGUGGUAACCAAGAUAGGCCACUACAUAAUGUAGUCAAACGCUUUGGGGAUAAUUUCACCCCAAAAUCACACACUUUAUAUCCCUUUGCAAAGUUUUUCAACAUACACGACAAUGGAUCAUCUUUGAGUCAGACGCUCCCAUACUGGCAAUGGAGCGUCUAAUACAAAGAAACACAAUACCCCAAACACACUUCCAACGAUCACACUUGUUUCCCUGGCAACAGCACCACGUGGCACAGUUGCUAGGCCAAACACACAUGAAAACACGCAGAGAAUUCUCUUACAUACAGUGAUAUCACGAUGUCUCACUCACAAAGAUUUACCAAACACUAGAUACUUAUCUCUGUAACUAUAAAUCAAACCCUACAAUUAUCCAUAUUAUAAAUCAACUUUUAACUAACCGACUAUAUCACAUUCUAGUAACUUCAUCUUUACAAUCAGUGGUUAUGGUACGGUUAGCAAGUGGUUAUAAUACAGUUUUAAAGUCACAGAUCAGUUAGUAACAGUUAUGGUGUUACACAUAUAACAUAAGACAACAGUUUUUAGUAAUUUUUACACAACGACAGUAGUUAUAGUACAUGUUAAUGGUUAUAAUACCAUGCGCUAUUAUACAGUAUACACACAAUUUACACUCCCACUAGACGGCAGAGCUCAAGCUUUCUAGCAGGACAUACAAUUCACCAAUUCAGCAACUACAGUAAAUUUAAAAACAUUUACACUAAUCCCAACUAAUUGGCCAGCACCUCGAGAACUAUCGAACUAUUUACACCAGGAUUCGGUUAGUCUACGUUGCCCAAGCACCACAUAUAGCGAACUAGUGGGCGCAAUUUACAACAGUACCAAUUUAGUCUAUCUACUCUAUCAAUAGUCUAGUGGCUGAAUUUACAACCGGGCACACUUAGCCAAGAUAGGUUGAGAACUAGCAGACGGAAUGUACACCAAAAUCUGCUUAGUCUCGCCGGCCUCCCCGACCUAGCGACCGAAAUUUACACCUAGACACGCUAGUCAAGACAGGACACCGGUGUCCGGCAUAAACUAUUUACACCAAGAUUUAGCCUGACCCAAACCACCUAUAUUAGACGGGCUGACUACAGAGCGUCUAAUUUCCAGAUAAGCGGUGCGCCUUCGCUUCUUCCCUCCAGAGGGAGGGGGCAAUCCAAUAACCGGUUCCAAAUAUAAAACCCCUUGUGGGCCUACCGCUCUAAUGGUAUCAGUCUUACCUCUUCGUUCCUGAACCUGGGCUCACACUCAUCGACGGGGCACCCCGGUACUUACUACGUAAAGCCAGAUGAUCUCCUGGGCAAAGCAGCCCAGUGGCGCCGAGAUGAAGGGAUGUCCAUGCAGAAGUUCAGGGGUGCUGCCGUAGAGAACGUUGGUAAAAAGUUUACCGUCUCAAAUCUCUGCGCCAGCUUCCGUGCAAUGAGGUUCCCAGACCCAAUGCACCAAAGAUGUAACCGAGUAAACUUGCAGAAGCCAGACACAGAGAGAUGGAUGCAGGAUUUCAGGAAGUAAGAGGUCUUUAUUAACAUACCGAUCGGGCCUCAGAUGAACUAACGUUCUAAAACAGGUCUGGGGGCCAAACACAUGGAGUACAUGCUUUUUAUAGAACUAGAACUCCUCCCAUUAAUAGCUCCACCUGCACAUACCCUUAACCAAUCCGUGGACAGGAUUUGGAUUUCCUCAUAUGGGCAGACCACAUGGCUCAUCCGAAACAAAGGAGAAAGGAGUGUGAUUUCAGUUCCUGCUUUCCUGCACAUGCUUAGUACAUUGAUGACAGUAUCUUAGCUACGUGUAACUAACUAACUGAUACAACAUACACAUAUGCCACGUGGAAAUCUCGGCAUACCAAAUUUACAUUUCACCGAAAUUCCAUCACACCUUGUCUUAAUCACAUACUAAAACUCCUAAAUUUCAUGAUCUCAUUCUGGAUUAGCUCAUGGUCAUGGUAGAUUGCCAGCACACGCGGCUCUGUCUGCUUAUACCAACCAUUUAUAUACCAGAACUCUGGCCAUUUUAAUAAGUUCACUUUGGAAUCGCAAAAUCCAUACUCUAUCGAUACCAUGGUGACAUUCACAUCCUUUUGCCACCUCAACUUUAAAUUGGCUUACAAACUCUUAACCUUAUACCCACCUGCAGACAUACACCUACAUACUAUCAACAAUAAAUGGUGCCCAGUCAGCAUACCAGACCAAUUUGUCCUACACUCAAAGGACUACACAGCCAUGUGCUCUCUUUUAAGGUUACACGUUAACCAUUCACUACAUCAAAUUCAUCCUGUACGUCAGGACAGAGUUCAUAAAACUCUGAUACGACCCUUCAUCGUAUUAAGGUCAUUCCUUUAGAAUAAGCACUGCUUCUGCAGCCUUUAGUAAACAUCUCAGCGCACAUCAUAAACUGGGACAUUGGAAUCAUCUGCAUACUCCAGAUAUCCAUCAAACAGAGAGGAAACUGAGGCAGGCAUAUAAAGUACUGGUUAUGUAAUGUCAGCACCUAGUAAGGAUUAAAUUGUUAAACUUUUUGCCCUCUUUUACAGGCCUACCCGAACAUCGGUUUCGGCACAUCACAAGCGACUUGUACCACCACUACUAUAACUCGGCUUAUUAUCCCCGACUACAAAUGGAAAGGCGGAGCCUGUAGUUAUGGGAGGGUUUUUUCCGGCCUAUAAAUUCACAGGCCUCCCCUUCCCCUGGGCCGAGACUUUGUGGUUCAGCCCACCAACAGCUCCCUUUAUUAAGCAUUCACUUAGUGGGCCCUCUUUUACAGACCUACCCGAACAUCGGUUUCGGCACACCACAACCGAAUUGUACCACCACCACUACUAUAACUUGGCUUAUUGUCCCAGACUUUUUUUGUGUGUACGGCACAUUUAGAGGAACAUAUGGUUAUGAUAUAAUGAAAAUUAAUAAGAACAAAAGUCGGUUGAGGUGUGCCAAAACCGACGUGAGGUAAGACUUGUAAAAAGAGGGCAAAAAUUAAGAAAACUAUUUCUUUUGCCAGACAUAUUUUAUUUUGCAAGACAUUAUUUAGACAUUUCAUGGAAAGCUAAUCUGAUUUCUUUUUCUGGAUUAGGGAUGUACCUGUUGUAUGCGGAAGAUUUACAACGUCCCAUGUUCUUAAUGAUAUGUGUUGGUACGUGAUUACCGGAAGCUGCUGUGGCCGCCCCAAUACGGAAUGAAUGGCCAGAGAAUGAAUGUGGGUUGUGUCCCAGUCUGAGUAUCAAUGUGCGUAUGUAUAGCAUGAACUGUUAGGUGGUUAGGGGUUUCCCUUGAAUGGCUAAUAGUGGGGAUUCGGUGUCCAUUGUAAGCUGUGCCUUGACUACAUUAUCCAAUAUGUGAAUUGGACACCACUUGGUAGAGGUAGGGUAAUAUUUAAUCUCUACUGGGGGGCCAGUCUGGCUCGUUUUGGUAUGUGAGAUUGACGGGCUAUAGUGGUCUUUUACUUUAGUUAGGUGUUUUCUCUUAAGGCAUGACUUAAAGUCGGAUGCCUUCUCCGCAGAAAAUUCCUUGGGUCUCAGGAAACCGUAAAAGGCUAUAUAGGCUGCGGAUUUGAUUAUCAGAUUAGUGAUACUUUCAAAAGGGGUCUAGUAGAUCGGAGAUGUUCCUAAAUAGCUUACUAUCUAUUGGAAUUCUUUUGAUGGGAUUAUGAAUUGUUAGUCUUUGAACGCCUCUUAGGACACUUUUGCCUGGGUAAGAGGCUAAGAAUGGAGCAUUGUUUGGAUAAGUAGUUAACAUGUAGUGUUGUUUGCCUGUUAAGUAAAGUUUGAUUGUAUUGUAUGCUAAUGUUAUAGAUAUGUGGCAAAAAGUUGUAAACGCAACCAUGCUUUCUAUGGUAAAAACAUUUAUUACAUUGUAAUCACGUACAAAUAUUUUGAACAGAUCAUAUGCUCUGGCAUUGGCUUUUUUAGUAUUGAGUGACAAACCAGCCUUUGCGAGUGACCUACUGUGACUGAAAAUAACUGAAUUAUUUUGUAGACAUUUUGCGGGUCUCAAAACACAUUCAUGUGCAAUAUGUUCCUCAGCAGCUCAUACUGUUAACUUUUGUCCCAGCAAUGUAGCAAUUCCCUCCACUAGCAAUUCCAACCCUGAGUUUCAACCCAACAUGGCCCAAAGAGAAUUGAGAGAUAAAGUAAAGAUGGCUGAUCGUUUUUCUUGGCAAGGCUCAAGUCUGUAACAAUUUCAAUGCCAGAGGUUGUAGUUACAGUGCUUGCAGACUCCUUCACGUCUGCUCACUUUGUUACAGAGCACAUGCUAAAACAAUGUGCCCAAACAGAUUGUACCCUAAAAGAUUAUAGUAUUAUUAGGUCUGUGAACUGUGGAGGUUCUUUGGGUUGUAAGUUUGCUGUCAGAUGGACUCUGAAAAAUUCCUGCAAAUUAGAACGUGAGAGUGCGUCAGCUGCGUUAUUCUGAAUGCCUGGAACUUGAAUACAACUUAGACAGGACUGCAGAUUUGCCGCUAACCAGGCAAGUUUCCUUACUAAGUUCAUGAUAGUCGUAUACCCAGUCAUUGCCAAAAAUCGCUGCAUAUCCUAUGGCUCCUGAUGCGUCCAUCCAAAUUACCGGGGAAUCGUCUGAGAUGGGGGAUACGAAUAAUGAGCUACCAUUCCAAGAGGAUAGAAAUUGAUGCCACAUUUUUAAAUCGGCUCUAGCUGGUUCGUCUAAGUUAGUUCUGUAAUCGUCAUCGGGGAGACCGUGUAAGAGAGAGAGAAUUAUGGAAAUAAAUUACAUCCCCUGUGGAAUUAUUUUCAUCGCGAAAUUGAGUGACCCAAGAAGUGUCUGUAGCCCUUUCCUGGUGCAAGACCCUUGUAAGGUGCAGAUAUCGAUAUAUGCUAAAAUUCUAUCUACCUUUUCUUGAGGCAGGCUAGCUUGCAUUAAAACUGAAUUUAGUGUUAUCCCCAGGAACGUAAUCUCGGUGUUGGGACCUUCUGUUUUGUCUGGGGCUACUGGAACGCCUAAAUCCUCAAGCAUGUGAUGUAGGCUGCUUGGUGUGAAGUGGUGUGGUUCAAUAGAGAGAAAAUCGUCCAAAUAGUGAAUGAUUACUGGAUAUCUGCAUUUGUUAAGUAGGAGCCAGGUCAAAGUUUUGGCAAAAAUAUAAAAAAUCUUGGGGCUACUUUUGGAGUCAAAAGUUAGUCUGGUUGCGAAAUAAUACUUGUCUUCCCACUUAACGCCAUGCAAGUGCCAGAGUGAUUGAUGGAUUGACAGUAGUUUGAAUGCAUUUGUAAUAUCUGUUUUUUACUUAACCACGCUGCCUUGCUGGAGUUAAUGAUAGCUUGUAUGGCAUCGUCUAUUGUUGCAUAUUGUAAAGAGAAAUCUUCGGAUGGUAUCAGUGCAUUUAAACUAGGUGUCGUGAAAGAGUGAGGUACUGAAAAAUCAAUGAUGAGUUUUUUUUUAAUUAAACUUCCCUGUAGCUAUGCCUAGAGGGUUAGUUCUCCAAGAGGUGAAAGGUGGGGUAGUAAAUGGCCCAAUCAUGAAACCGUUGUCGAUUUUCUUUAUAGAGAAGUUCCUGUAGACUACUAGGGUCAGUGAGUGCUGACUGUAGGUUGGGGCAUUCCAGAAUUCCUGUGGGGAGUGCAACGAAACCCAUUAGAGGUGAGAAAUUCUAUCUGUUCAGAUCUGAAGAAGGAUAAUUAGACAGGCAAUGUUGCAAAUUAGGUAUGUUUAUUGGUGUAGACAAUGUUUUAGGGUACAGUCUGUUUGGGCACAUUAUUUUAGCAUGUGCUCUGUAACAAAGUGAGCACACGUGAAGGAGUCUGCAAGCACUGUAACUACAACCUCUGGAAUUGAAGUUGUUACAGACUUGAGCCUUGCCAAGAAAAAUGAUCAGCCUGCCUACUUUAUCUCUCAAUUCUCUUUGGGCCAUGUUGGGUUGAAACUCGGGGUUGGCAUUGCUAGUGGAGGGAAUUGCUACAUUGCUGGGACAAAAUUUAACAGUAUGAGAUGCUGAGGAACAUAUUGCACAUGAAUGUGUUUUGAGACCCGCAAAAUGUCUACAAAAUAAUUCAUUAUCUAACUGGCCCCAGUCGGUAGGUGUAUUAUAUUGGGCCAGUGACGCAGCAGAUCUAGAUGCUGCGUCACUGGCCCAACAUAAUAUUUUAGCAUAUUUAUACGCAUAUUUAUAAGUCUAUUAACUUAUGCAAAUAUAAAUCAAUUUUCUCUCUACUGAGGGGAAAAGCAGAACAAAUCAUGUCCCUAUACAGGCCGAAAGCCAGGACAAAUUCAGGAAUAUUUAACCUUCUGUUCAGUCUCGGGUCUCUAGAUUUCAUAACUACUGACAAGUCAUAGAACGUGUAUGAUCUGUUCACAAUUACGUCUUGAGAAGCUAUGAGCAGAGAAGCCAGAUUAAUGUCUUUCCCUUCUAUUAUGUCCUGUUUAAUGUUUUGUGGAAUUAGAUGUAUUGGGUUGAUGAUAUUGGUACUUUUAGCUGGUAGAGGCUUAGCGUUACCUCCUGGGUUAGGCUUUGGCUGGACUACAGGUACUGGAGUCUCCGGAAUGGUUGGUCUGUUAAUGGAUUCCAAAUUAUCCCUUUCAUUAUCCUCAUUUGAAUUUAACAAGCGAAAAACUUUGGCUUUCCUGGGUGUGGCUGAGAAGGGAAAAUUUUUCUUUUUAAGUUCGGCAGUAAUUUUAGGUAUUGUCCAGGAUCUAUAGCUGGAUGCUGGGCUGGCCAGUACGGUUUGCCUGGUCUGGUCAGGGUGCUGGUAACAGACAGGUCAUCUCCUUGUUUGGAAGCGUUAGACAUGCUAUGGGUGUGAGGCAGAUAACUUAGUUAAUAUGGUAUCCGUGUGGAUAUGAAGUAACCCAGUUCACUAGUUUAGUGCCCUAAAGCGAAAUUAUAUUAUUCUCACUAUCUUAAGUGACGGAUGACACCCUUACUACUUGCCAAGUGGCUUUGAGAGGUUCUACCUAUGACUUUGCUCGUGGGGCCGCUGUGCCACUGAGGUAGGUGGUGGGUUGUUGGCCUCUCGGUGACCCAUAUAAGAUUUUAAUAUUGAUUGGCUGGGACAAGUGAGGCCCUAACUAUAACCUGAUGCAAGGCGAUAACUAUGCGUUGGGCCGAUUGGGCUUGUACCUCUGAUCGUAGGAAUGAGAGUUGGCCUUGCUGGACCACUCACUAAAGGCGAAGUGGCCUAAGGAAUUAUACCUAAUUGGUUGAGGGUUUGUUAAAAAUGUGUUACUACUUAACUGGGUUUAAAAAAAAAAAAAAUUUCACACAUACCUGCUAUACGGGUAGGUAGGUAUUAAUUUAGAGGCUUACCUCUUUAAAUAAGUUUUAUUUUAUAAAUAAAAGAUGGAACAGCUGCAACCAAUGUCAGUAAUUAUAGUAUCUUGUAUAAAUAUAGGAGGGAAAACAAAAACGUCAUGUAAUCUGCUAGCUUAAUUUAUAUUACUUGCUUAACUGGCAUUGACCGAACAAUCAAAUGUAAAUACAUGAAAUGCAUUUAGGGAAUAUGACCGUAAAUUGUGCCGAGAUGCAUCAGACAGAAAUAAAUGCUAGAGCGUAAAUACAAUCUCCUAAUUAGCAUUCUUUAUAUAGUACUAUGCAAGAUACACUAGCUACAGCUUUAAGGGAAUGAACAUGCAGGAUUUUAGCCGAACGGGCUUUUAAAUGAUAGUAGGUUAGUGAUUAUAUACGAACGUAAUAGCCUUCAAUAUGUAUUACAGUAUGUGAGAGGUAUUAUAUGCCGUUCGUCUGAUUCUAUACAAAUAACAUUGUAAGUGUGGUAAACGGAGCUGAUUGACUGACCAGGGAAACAGACAAAUGUUUAAACGAAAUGCAGCAGUGUUGAACGAGAUGGCUUUAACAUGACUGUUUCAACGAACGGAAUUUUAAAUGCUAUUUCACAAAUGAAAUUGUGAGCGUGGAAAACAGACCUAAUUGACCGAUCGGGGGAAAGAGGCGAAAGUUUACACGAAAUGCAGCAGUAUUGAAAGAUAGGUUUUAAUAUGACUGUUUCAGACGAACAGAAUUUAAACGAACGUAUGCAAUUUAACGAACUGGUCAUAGAUGCGUUUGUAUAAUUGAGCAUGACUUACAGUUAGCCGUUUGUAUGCUGGCUUCCUCUACUAUACUCACGAAAUUCAGUACGAAAGAAAGUUUGCACGAACUGUCGUCGGGUGGGAAAACUGACGUCAGGGUCCUGUGAAACGGAAGUAAGCAGAAGAACUUCCGAGAACGUUGAUGACAGGUAAGCAGGGGCUCACUGGGUUUAAAUAGGACUAAUAGUCCCUCCCACAAUUACAGGCCAAGCCAUAUAUAUAUAUAUAUAUUCUCUUUGGGCCAUGUUGGGUUGAAACUCGGGGGUUGGCAUUGCUAGUGGAGGGAAUUGCUAUAUAAACAAAUCCAAGAGGGCUGCACACACCUGAACAUGCAUACAUUAUAGGGUGCUGCUGGGGCCAAAAUAUACAAAAUACCGAAUCCAGCGCACUCGCUUAUUCACUAAACAAUGAUUUCAAAUCUUAGAGAUUGUGGUAGUUUUAUUUAAAAACACCUCACCUAGACAAAAAAUAAUGGGGGUUUAGUUACAUUAUAUGAUCAUAUAUUGCAUAAGCCUGCCACACCGUCAAUGUAUCCCAUUGUUGGCAGGUCCUAUCCUAGCAAGCGUUAUUUUUUGCCUAGGUGAGGUGUUUUUAAAUAAAACUACUACAAUCUCUAAGUUUUGAAAUCAUUGUUUAGUGAAUAAGCGAGUGCGCUGGAUUCUGUAUUUUGUGUGUGUGUGUGUGUGUGUGUGUAUAUAUAUAUAUAUACACACACACGCGCACACACACAGUAAUUACUCACUACUAGUGAACUUCUUCCCAUCUGUGUCGCUUCCUCCAGUGGUGUCCCUUUUCCAUACUCCCUUAGUGUCCUUCUCUCUUCAACCUUCAACUUCCUCUAUAUUCCUCUUCCCAUAGUCUUUGUUUCUUUACUUACAUUCUCCCCCCCUCCCCUUUUACCCCCCACAUUUUGUCCCGUUCUAAAUACUUUUUCUCUCAUUCCUCAAUAGUACAGUAAUUCACUCUCUACCUUCUCUUGUGCUUGUUUGAACAGCUAGCGACUGAUGGGGCAAUGGGACUGAUAGAAGCGUGCACAAUUCAGAUGGCGCCAUCUGCUGUGAGGGACGGGUCAUAGAAUAUAAAGAUAUCCCUGCUGUCUUUUGCAGCCCUGGCAUGAAAGUGACGAGUCCUGACAUACCACAUGCAUACUACCAGAACUCUGACUCCCAUGCAACGUGGGUGCACAAUGCAGUGUGGCUGUACACACACACACACUAUGUAAUAAAAAAAAAAAUGGCCUAUACAUGCAGCGGACUAAAUCAUCAUGUACCCACUACUGGUAAUCCUGUGUGCAUAUGUGUCUGGCACAUCAUGGGGGAUUUGCACUGGUACCCCUGACCUGAGGUGUACCAUGAGUACAUGGUACAUCUCAUUUAAAAAAAAAAUUCUAAAUAUUAACAAAAUUCUAAAAUAUAGUAAAAGGCAUGAAAAGUUUCAGACACCUCUCAGAACUAGGGGCCAUAUCGUUUAUUAGCUUUUACACAAUGGCUAAAUUAUGAGGUGCAAAAAGAAGUAACAUAUUAAGGAUACAGGCACAAGACCAAAGCAAGUCACAAAUGAUAAACAUCUAGACCGUGAACGAAAUAACUUUGAUUUAAGUUGAGCUGGGAGCAAGCAAUAGGAGGUAAUGAUGGAAGAACCAGACUUGACCUUAACUCUUGGAAAAUUGCUCUUGUGUAGUGUUAGUCAGAUAUAUAGUCCGUACUGACACCCAUGCAACUAACAUGAGUAAGAUUACUUGUUCUGAGUACACAUUACAUUACAGGUUAAAGACAGGCAGCUUAAUGAAACUUGGAUGUCUGCCAGAAUUAGGCAUACUUAAAAAAUAUUAUCUCGGAUGUGGUGGGGACAUUAACACAGGGAAUAUGUGUACCUCUUUUGUCAUGCAUUAUUGUUCCUCUUUGGGUAUACUCUUGACAUGCUCAGGGUUCUGUGGAUGGAGGCAUUUUAUGACUUGCACAUAUUCAAGUAUAUGAUACUCCCUAGUGUCCAAAAAGACCUUUACACCAGUGAAAUAAGCCCAACUCAUAAGCAUGCAAUGUAGCAGAGCCUUAGUCCUGUCCAGGACACUCCCUCUGCUAUCAUCAGGAACUCUGGAACAAGAAAUAGCCAAGUGAAUAUCCCACCUCCUCCCCAGCAACUGGACGACACACCGUUCUGGGAGUACAACUAAUUUUCUUCUGGCCACACACGGCUUUUAUGCACUGACCCCUAGCAUGAGGUCUCCACAUUAAGAAUUCAAGAUUUUUCCUCCCAAGAGCCGCUGUUUCUGAGGGAUAAUUGAGUGAGAAAAGUAUAAUUCAGUUAUCUCUCAGAUACAGGAAAACAUAUACAGUAUUACACAUCGUUCAGAUCCCUUCGGUGGUUCGGGAACGCCAUUCAAAUUAAGUUUUGACCGGUCAGCCACGAGGGGAUGCCUCAAAAUCGUUCCAUAGAAAACAAGGCAACGAGCGGGCAUCUUUCGGGGGUUUUCACACGAACACAGACAAAUGCUCCCCCUGGCUGUUAGGGAGUGAAUUGUCCCCUUGUUAGGUAAAUCCUAUCUCCCAAACGCUGUUCGUCUAGUUGGUCAGGAAGUUGGAUGAGCAGCGCUACCAUCUUUGCUCGGGUUCUCGGAGACGUGAGUCUAAAAUUAGUUCUAGGUGUUAAACGACCAGGUAUUGCUGCCUGCGUUCGGGAGACAAAAUGGCUAUGCACUGGACCGCAUGCGUUCGGUUAUACGAAUGACUGCCACACAGGGAAGCACUCAAGUUAAUUACCAAUUUUUGUUUAACGGCCAGGGGAGGUCGGUGUUUGAAGGGGGAUAAAAAGGGGGACCACACACAGUACUUUCAGGGGACGAACAAGGGAGUACGGACAACCGAACACCAGGGAAUGGAGUUUGUUACGUAUGCACUGGAUCUGGGACAUGUAUGGAGCUCAAGACAUAAUUAUCUGUAGUUACAUGGUUAAAUAUAGACUUUACUGACCAAGUAUUAUAAUAUGUUAAAAAGGAACAUAUUACUAUAGAUAGAUAAAGAUAGAUGGAAAAUCAUGUUUUAUGUUUCCAUAAUAAAUGUGAGACACAAGUAACCCAUGACAUAGCAUGGCUCCUCUGUCUGUGGUGUUGUAAAAUUAAACAUUCAUAUCAAUCAUUGUGGCUCCCGGAAUGAUAUCAUAUUUAUAUCAUUGACCAUUGAAUGGUUUCAUUUACAUAAGAGUUUGCCCCUAUGAUAUGUUAUGAAAUCUAAUCGUUUUUGGGUCUUUUUUUUAGGUGUGUUUUUGACCUCCAUCCAUAGAGCUAUUUCAGAAUAUAUUCAAACAUAUUUAAUAACUGCACAGACAAAUCUGUCUUUAUUAUCAAAUAUCUGUUUAGUAGCUCAGUCCACAUGUUAUAUAUUAUAUUUUAUUGGGAAUUCCAAUUCUGUCACCAAAGGGUUAAUUAUUGCAGCCGCAAAGAUCAUUCUAUCCCUCCAAAUGCUUUCCGUCACGUCAUUUCAGGCAACCAAUGGGGAACUGCCUGCUCGGACCAAUCAAACGACUUCUUUGGAAUUUUAAACCCGGUGCUCACGCACCCCUCGUUUCCUCUCUGACGAGCUAGGUGUAGCGAAACGCGCGCGUCAGAGGACUGUGGUGUGCUGCACUCCUUGGAUCCUUAGGGCAGCACACAGACUAGCGACCGCGCUGUUUUCAUUCCAUAUUUCUAUCUAAACAUAUAUAGCGUCUAUCUUUAUUUUUGCAGAUCCUAUAUUUUUUUUAUAUAGCUUUAUCUUGACAAAUAGAUCUUUUUGGGGGGUUGGAGCUAGGUGCCCUCGAAGGCACGGGACACAUAUUCAUAUAGAGGGUGUUACCUUUUAUCAUACUGUUAUCAACUGUUUGUAUCAUUGGACGUUCCUUGUAUAUGACACUUUGUAGCAUGGGUUAUUGCUACUUGAUUUAUACAUGUGUCUUCUGCUCUACUCUCUCCCUCCUAGAUAUUCUCAUGUAUGCUUUACUGUCGGUAUAGUGAUUUCUGGCUGUUGCCGUCCUAUAUAUCCUCUAUAUACACUCUUGAUAUCUAGUCAAUUAGUGGUAUCCUUUUAUUUGGAUUACCACUCUAGCCACCUUAACACUGGUUUAAUUAUCAGCUCAACGUUUAUUUAAUGUUCUUAUUUUUCUCUCAUUUACCAAUAUUUAUGGUUUCAUUAGUUUAUUCAAUAAAUGUCUCAUGUAUUUAAAGGACCUAUAUAGUCCUAUAGCAUUUUUUGACAUUUAAAGCAACAGACUUUAUAAUUCAUUGUUGAGCCACCAGGAUUUCUGAAUGUAUGGCACACUAUUAGCCACUAUGGACAGGAACAGCUUUAUAGAUUGUGUCACAUUUACUUAUUGAUAGGACCUAUAUCGAUCUACAAGCUUAAUUUUGGUUUCCAUAUUACCAGACCACACUACUGAUCAUUGAUCCAUCAGAUCGGCACUUUGCUUUUCUAGCUUGACUAAUUACCAGUCACUACCGACAGCAAUAGUUUCUCAUAUUUUGAUCUGCAAUUAUAUAUUUUGUUUUUAUUAUAUUCAACGACUUAUUUUUAUAUAUUUUUAUUGUUUUGGUGUUUAUUUGGUAGCACACAUUUGGGACACAUUUUUGUAGUGUUCAAUAAAUCUUUAUUAUUUUUUGUUCGUUUUAGUGGUUCUGUCUGGCCUAGACAGCAGACCUUUUGUUGGCUAUUUUGCAACCCCUUUUCUUGAUGCAUAUAUCUCGCAUCAUGUUAUUAGAUACAUCCCUCUCUUUGUACUCUUCAUAUCAAUCAUGAACUGUUUUUGUGGAUAAUGUGGGUAAAUGUGUUUCAUUCCCAAAAUGGUUUCCAAAAUUUUUAUAAUUUUUUUGAUAAUAGGUCUUUUUUGUGCUUGUGUUCUAGGAUUUUGUUUGUCUUUCAUAAAAAUGGACGUUUGAGUUUCAAAGCAAAAGUAAAACCACCAAGACUGAAUGGUGCAAAAACAGGAGUGUUUUCUACAAGAAGUCCUCAUCGCCCAAAUGCAAUAGGACUAACUCUUGCCAGGCUGGAAAAAGUCGAAGGUAAGGAAACAUGUGAAGGGAGCCCCAACAUCAAACACGGGUAUCUCUGUUCAUUGUUUGUGAUACUCUAGGUAAAUAUGCAUUAUGAUGCCUAUCCUAAUAUAAUGAUGCGACUAUCGGCUGCUUUCCUGUUUUGAGUUGGUUUUCCUGUUUUCCAUGUCUUCUUAUAGGCCCACUGCUAACUAUUUGAUGUAGAAAUGUCUAGUGUAAGAGAAUAUCAUUUUCAGUUUGUCUUUAUUGCUGUUUUGGGAGAUUAUUUUAGCCAGUCAGACUAUACAUAUUUUUAUAUAAGGAUGUGUAAUGUUAGGCUUCAUAAUAUUGUUUAAUUAUUUUCUUUAAAUGGUGCAAUGCAUAUUCAUAAAAGCACCCUCACACUGACUCUCUACACACUUCGUUAAAAAUAGGUCUACUUUUUAAAUACAUCAUAUUGCAACAUAGAAACAUAAAAACAUAGAAUGUGACGGCAGAUAAGAACCAUUCGGCCCAUCUAGUCUGCCCAAUUUUCUAAAUACUUUCAUUAGUCCCUAGUCUUAUCUUAUAGUUAGGAUAGCCUUAUGCCUAUCCCACGCGUGCUUAAACUCCUUUACCAUGUCAACCUCCACCACUUCAGCUAGAAGGCUAUUCCAUGCAUCCACUACCCUCUCAGUAAAGUAAUACUUCCUGAUAUUAUUUUUAAACCUUUGUCCCUCUAAUUUAAGACUAUGUCCUCUUGUUGUGGUAGUUUUUCUUCUUUUAAAUAUAGUCUCCUCCUUUACUGUGUUGAUUCCCUUUAUAUAUUUAAAUGUUUCUAUCAUAUCCCCCCUGUCUCGUCUUUCCUCCAAGCUAUACAUGUUAAGAUCCUUUAACCUUUCCUGGUAAGUUUUAUCCCGCAAUCCAUGAACCAGUUUAGUAACCCUUCUCUGAACCCUCUCUAAGGUAUCAAUAUCCUUCUGAAGAUACGGUCUCCAGUACUGUGUACAAUACUCCAAGUGAGGUCUCACCAGUGUUCUGUACAAUGGCAUGAGCACUUCCCUCUUUCUACUGCUAAUACCUCUCCCUAUAAAACCAAGCAUUCUGCUAGCAUUUUCUGCUGCUCUAUUACAUUGUCUGCCUACCUUUAAGUCAUCAGAAAUAAUCACCCCUAAAUCCCUUUCCUCAGAUGUUGAGGUUAGGACUAUAUCAAAUAUUCUGUACUCUGCCCUUGGGUUUUUACGUCCAAGAUGCAUUAUCUUGCACUUAUCCACAUUAAAUGUCAGUUGCCACAAUUCUGACCAUUUUUCUAGUUUACCUAAAUCAUUUGCCAUUUGGCUUAUCCCUCCUGGAACAUUAACCCUGUUACAUAUCUUAGUAUCAUCAGCAAAAAGACAUACCUUACCAUCAAGACCUUCUGCAAUAUCACUAAUAAAAAUAUUAAAGAGAAUGGGUCCAAGUACAGAUCCCUGAGGUACCCCACUGGUGACAAGUCCAAGCUUCGAAUAUAUUCCAUUAACUACAACCCUCUGUUGCCUGUCACUCAGCCACUGCCUUACCCAUUCAACAAUAUUGGAAUCCAAACUUAAAGAUUGCAGUUUAUUGAUAAGCCUUCUAUGUGCAACAGUGUCAAAAGCCUUACUGAAAUCUAGGUAAGCAAUGUCUACUGCACCACCCUGAUCUAUAAUUUUAGUUACCCAAUCAAAAAAAUCAAUAAUAUUAGUUUGGCAUGAUCUCCCUGAAGUAAACCCAUGUUGUCUCUGAUCUUGAAAUCCAUGUGUUUUAGAUGUUCAUCAAUCCUAUCCUUUAACAUGGUUUCCAUCACUUUCCCCACUACUGAAGUAAGGCUUACUGGCCUAUAGUUGCCCGACUCCUCCCUAUUACCUUUCUUGUAAAUAGGCACAACAUUCGGUAACUUCCAAUCUUCUGGGACUACUCCUGUUAACAAUGAUCGGUUUAAUAAAUCUGUUAAUGGUUUUGCUAGUACACCACUAAGCUCUUUUAAUAGCUUUGGGUGUAUUCCAUCAGGUCCCAUUGACUUAUUUGUCUUUACUUUUGACAGUUGAAAUAGAACCUCUUCCUCUGUAAACUCACGUGUAAUAAAUGACUCAUUUAUCCUUUUUCUCAACUGUGGUCCCUUUCCUUCAUUUUCAUCUGUAAAUACAGAACAAAAAUAUUCAUUGAGGCAGUCAGCUAGACCUUUAUCCUCUUCUACAUACCUUCCUUCUUUUGUUUUUAAUCUAACUAAUCAUUGUUUUACUUUUCUUUUCUCAUUUAUGUAUCUAAAAAUGUUCUAUCCCCCUUUUUUACUGACUGUGCUAUUUUCUCUUCUGUGUGUGAUUUGGAAGCUCUUAUAACUUGCUUAGCCUCUUUCUGCCUAAUCUUAUAGAUCAUUUUGUCUUCCUCACUCUGGUUUUUUUUAUAAUUCCUAAAUGCUAACUUUUUGUUUUUAACUAUUUUGGCCACAUCUGCGGAGUACCACAGUGGUUGCUUGAAUUUUUUGCUUUUACUGACAAGCCUAAUGCAAUUUUCUGUUGCCUUCAAUAGUGCAUCUUUUAAAUAAUCCCAUUUCUCUUGGACUCAAUUUAAAUUGCUCCAGUCUGAUAAUGACUCCUCUACCCAUAUUCUAAUUUUAAAUAAGUCUGUUUUUCUAAAGUCUAAAACUUUUGCUUUUGUGUGGUGUGACUCAGUCACUGUUCUUAUAUUAAACCACACUGACUGAUGAUCACUGGAUCCUAAACUUUCACCUACAGUAAUAUCUGAUACCAAAUCUCCAUUUGUUAACACUAAAUCUAGUAUGGCCUCUUUACGAGUUGGCUCCUCAACAACUUGUUUUAGAGACAAUCCCAGUAGGGAGUUUAGAAUAUGUGUGCUCCUGGCUCAAGUAGUUAAUUUUGUUUUCCAAUUUACAUCAGGAAGAUUAAAGUCACCCAUGAUGAUAACUUCCCCCUUCAUUGUCAUUUUAGCUAUUUCCUCAACUAGUAGAUUAUCUAAAUCUCCAAUUUGUCCUGGGGGCGUAUAAAUCACACCUACACGAGUUACUGUGUGAUUACCAAAUUCUAACGUAGCCCAAACGGACUCUAUGUUUGCCUCACUAACUUUUAUUAGGCUAGAUUUUAUGCUAUCCUUCACAUACAAGGCCACCCCUCGCCCUUUCUUGCCUUCCCUAUCUUUCCUAUAUAAAGAGUACCCUGGUAUUGCUAUGUCCCAGUCAUUUUUCUCAUUGUACCAUGUCUCAGUAACAGCGACUAAAUCUACUCUAUCAGUUGCCAUUAUUGCCACAAGUUCAUGGAUCUUAUUCCCUAAACUGCGAGCAUUUGUAGACAUGACUCUAAGCUUAUCAUUUUUUAACACACUUGCUACAGGCACCUUCUGUCCUUGUUUUGGGGGACAAUUGGAUUGAUGUUUAAUUUAGAAGUAUGUAGCUCUUGCUCUGUAAAUUACCUGCAAGAGCCUGCAGCAGCCUUGUGUGUGAUUUACAUUUUAAUAAACAAAGCAGAAGAUACAAACUUCUAAAAUAAACACCCUUUCAUUUUUUUUCUCCCUCAUUUUAUUUUAUUUUAAUUCUUUUAUUUUCCCAAUGUUUUGUACGUGAUUUUCUUCUUUCCUUUUAUGUUGGUUGUGUUUUUUCUAUUUUGCCCAUUUUAUUUUUUCCUUCUUUCCUUUGUCAUUGGUUCCUCAACUUUAUUUUCCUUAUUUUUCCAUUUUGUCAAUUCCAUUGUUUUUUCUCUCUUUUUUAGUUUGUGAUUAAUAGUAUCUCUACCCACAGUAGUUUUAUUGAUGCUGUAACAUAUGAACAACAAGGGGCACAAGUUCAUCAAUCAAUGUUGUUUUACAACCGUGCCAAUAACUGUAACCUCAUUUAUAUAUUUUCAUUUUUCUUUUUAUUAUUAUUUUAAUCUUCUCUUUAGUCCUUUUUUUUUUUGAUUUAUCAUUACAUGCUUGCUAUAAAUUGGCUUGCAUAUUAUAAAUGGUUGAAAAGUAGUUAACUGAAAUACAAUCUAAACAUUUGUGAAGAAACUGCUGUCUUUCGUGAAUAAUGAGUAUUGCAAGAAUGUACAAUUCAUUCGUCAGUUUGUCUUCUAAAAUGCAGGUAGAGGAAAUAAUCAUUUUACCCUAUUGUAGUCUGAACAUUCUCAUGAAAAGGUUCUUAAACCAUGCUAAAGGACCCAGUAUCACUUUAUUCACAAGUUUAUUUUAUUUACACAUUGUGCUUGCCAAUUUUUAAAAAAAAUCUUUAUUUUUAGAAGUGUUCAUAUGAUAUACAUUAUAUAUUAUUAGAUAUAUAUUAUAUAGUACACACAUUUACAAGUACAAUUAAGAAAGGCUAAAUUAGGAGAAGGUAAAUAGCUAUCAAAGGAAAGAAAGAUGGAGAGCGACCAUCCAGGGUGCUCCAUCUACAACAGGGUUAGUUGCACCAAACAAGGAGAUCAGAUUUUGUAGAAAUGGUGUGGAGCAUUUGCAAAGUGUCCUGUGAGCUUUUUAGUCCAAUAUAUGGCUAUGGCUCAUGCAUAGGUAGAAAUAGAAACCUCAGGGACCCAGUACAAGAAUAUGUUAAGGGCUCCCCGGCCUCUGUAGAGCAGAGGUGGCCAUUAGGUAGAUCCUCAGCUGCCAUACAACUCCUAGAAUGCUUUGCCAGCUGUGUAUCUAUUUACUAUGUGUAAUGUAAUUUGUGUAAUGUGCAAAUUUUAGAAAAAUUAUUUUUUUACUCACUUAGGAGUAACUUUUUUUUCUUUUGUCAAUGUUCCAAUAUGAAUCUCAAAUAGGAAAGGGAAAACACAAACUCAAAGGGCAAUAAGUAUAUAUACAAAAAAUAAAUUGAUAUGAAUUAAAAACACGCACAGCCCCUGUGCCCCCUCAUCCCCACAGCCACUGUGCUCCUCCUCCCCAGCAUAUAUUAGAGGGAUUCCCUGCUCUGUUGCGUUCAUCUAUGUUCAGGGACAUUUUCUCAAACCUAGAAGAACGAAGCAGAGCAGGGAAUCCGUUAACUCCUAACUGACCAAUUCGUUCAAUGACUGGGUCGUAGGAACGAAACCCGGUCGGUAAGUUAAAAUGUAAAAGUUACCUGAUUCUAGGGCUGAAGUCCCUCAGUGCUGACUCUGUUUCCACCUCCUCCGACAAAUGAGCGGGACUGAAAGUUCAUGCAUGGCGAGUGCCAGUUGCGUAUUAGGCCUUCCCCAUAAGAAAACCACUGAAGUAAUUCUUUUCUAUGGGGGUUUACAAGAUGCUGGAUGUCCUCAUGCAAAGCGUGAAGAUGUCCAGAAUGGUUUCAUGGAGUUAAACUCAGACACCCACUAGAGGCAGUCUUGGACUGCAAGGUUUUCAGCUGCCAGGUUAAGAGGACCGGCACCAAGACUAGUUUAAUAAGAUGAAGAGGCCUGGAUGCCUAUAGUGUUCCUUUAACUUUUUUCAGUACAAUAGAGGUUUCUACACCUUGAAAACUGGUGUUCUGAACUAUGUGUUUUUUUGUUAAUAAAGUUCCCAUACACAAGAUAGAUUAGAAGUGCUAUAGUGAAAAUGAACCAUUCUUCAAAUAUGUAUUUUUCACCUUGAUAUAUAAACAUGUAUCUGAAUAUUAAUCAAUAUCCAUUUUCUUGAUUGUUCUACAGGCGGAACACUAUAUUUGUCUGGAAUUGAUAUGAUUGAAGGGACUCCGGUUCUUGACAUUAAGCCAUAUAUUUCAGAGUAUGACUCCCCCAAAGCUACUGUCCUCUUUCCAGAAGAUCUAGAAGGAAAAGACAGAAAACAUAAUGCUGGGACUGAUAAGUUGGAAACGUCCUUUACGGCUAUUCGAAACCCUCAAGCCAUAUCUGAAGAGCUUCCAAAUGAAAAAUACCCUAACCCGGAAAGAGAAACUGGCACAUGUAUGAGUGAAAUGCCAAACAUUCAUGCAGAGACACCAGAAGAGAUUAAAAAUGGCAAGGAUUUAAAAAUAACAAGUGCAUCAUCAUCUCUUGUUAUAGAACAUCAAAAUACAUGGAAUGGAGAUGUUCCCAGCCAAUUUGCAGAUUAUCUUACUGUAGCAAAACAGGGGCCAGAAGAUAGAAAUCAAUGUGAUGAUGGUGCUCCCAGUCAACCACUAGAUUAUCUGACUGUAGCAGAGAAGAUGCAUGAAUUGACUAGGAAAGGUGUCACAGAAAGACAUGAAAACAGCAACCAAUGUAACCCUGAUGACACUUUUGUUCCAACGUGGAUAAAAGACGCACCUGUGGCUAAUUUAAAGGUCAGGUUCACUCCCCACUCUGAAAUGGAGCUGAGACAUUUUAAACAGUGUUGUGAUUCAGGUACACUUGACCUUUUUAUAUUUUAAGCUUUCUUUCACUAUAUACUGUGUGUGUAUAUAUAUAUAUAUAUUGUGUGUAUGUAUGUAUGUAUAUAUAUAUGUGUGUGUGUAUGUGUGUGUGUGUGUGUGUGUGUGUAUAUAUAUAUAUAUAUAUAUAAAUGUGUGUGUAUGUAUGUCUGGGGAUGCUACUUAAUGAUAUGAACAUGACCCAGCAGUUCUACUUACCUAUGAGAAGACUCAAUUUAACCUUUCUAUUGCUUCAUAGACUUACCCCAAAUUACAAAAUUUUUUUUUUUUUUUUUUAUCAUUAUUUAUACACUGAUCAGCUACAACAUUAAAACUAAUUACAGGUGACGUGCACCUGACAAAGGGUGGAAUAUAUUGGACAGCAAGUGAACAGUCAGUUCUUGAUUUUUGUGUGUUGGAAGCAGGAAAAAUAGGCAAGCAGAAAGAUCUGAGUGACUUUUACAAGGGCCAAAUAGUGAUGGCUAGACGACUAGGUCAGAGCAUUUCCAAAAUUAAGUCUUGUGGAGUGUUCCCAAUAUGCAGAAGUUAGUACCUACCAAAAGUGGCGCAAGGAAGAACAGCUGGUAAACUGGGUCAUGGAGGCCCAAGGCUUUUUGAUGCAUGUGGGGUGCACAGGCUAUCCCGUUUAGCCUGAUCACACAAAAGAGCUACUUUAACUCAAAUUGCUGAAAAACUUAAUGCUGGCCAUGAUUGGAAGGGUCAGAACACACAAUGCAUUGCAGUUUGAUACAUAUGGGGCUGCAUAGCUGCAGAUCGGUCAGAGUGUCCAUGAUUACCCUGCCCACCUCCGAAAGCACCUUCAGUGUGGAAUGUGAGCAUCAGAACUAUGCAAUGGAGCAGUAGAAGAAAGUUGCCUGGUUUGAUGUUUUCCUUUAGAUCAGGUGGAUGGCAAUGUUCUGCUAGGAAACCUUGGAUCCUGGCAUUCAUGUGGAUGUUACUUUGACACAUGCAACCUUCUUAGAGAUUUUUGCAGACCACAUACAGCCCUUUGUGGCAGUGGUGGUGCCUCAUGGCAGUGUCCUCUUUCAGCAUGAUAAUGCACCCUACCAUACAGCACAAAUUGUUCAGGAAUGGUCUAAAGAAAAUGACAGAGUUCAAGAUGUUGCCUUGGCCUCCAAUUUCCAAUAUCUGAUCCGACUGAGUAUGUGCUGGAACAACAAAUCCAAUCCUUGGACUACCCACCUCACAACUUGCAGGACCUAAAGGAUCUGCUGCCAAUGUCUUGGUGCCAGAUACCACAGGACAUGUUCAGAGGUCUUGAGGAAUCCAUGCCUCAAUGCAUCAGAGGUGUUUUGGCAGCCCAAGGUGAACAUACACAACAUUAGCUAGGUGGUUUAAUGUUUGGCUGAUCAGUAUAUAUAACUAUUAAAUUGUGCAGAAUUUGAUACAAUACAAUAAAUACUUGCAUGUUUAGCAUCACUUUCCCACAACUCGCCUGCCGGCUCAUUUGUUUACCACAGUGAAAUGUAAUUUCGAUUGACACUGCUGCACAUUUGUAUAGUUAAUGCAAAAAAAGCUGUCAGCAACACAAAAUGCUCUUUUUAAUUGUUUAUAUGUCAAGAUAUUUUUUUCAUAAAUGCAUUCACAUUUUUCAAACAGGUAAUACUUAUAACAUUUUUGUGAAUGUUCCAAUUAUAUACAGCCUCUCACACAGCUAUACACACACAUAUGUAUGAACUAAAAUGUGUUAUGUUACCCAGUUACCCAGAGAGUGUGGGAUCACUCUCAUGAUUCUGAAUCAGGGAGAAGGGUCAAAAUGGUCCUUCACAUAUGGAGGCACAUUAAUUACAACUGGCAUGGCAUAUGAAAUGAGCAGAGUAGUACAGCCAAAUGAAAUAAUUCAGUAAGAUCAUAUGUCUCCUAAAUAAAUAUAUUUUUUAGGAAUCCAAGAAAGGACUGGAGGGUGCGAGUAUAUAGUAGGAUGGGACAUGGCAUUUAAGUCUUAUGUGAGUUAGUGGUGGUUUGAACAGAGGUGAAGGUAAAAGCAGAGGUAUGUUUGUUAUGUAAUUCAGGUUAGAGCUCUGGAGAGCUUUGUAGGUGAAUGUCAGGUUUUUAAAUUAGUUCCGAAGUAUACAGGAAAAAUUUUUAAUAAUUGACAAAGGCCUGGGGUGUAGGAAGAGUGUCAACUAGGGAUGGUAAGCCUGCCCGCAGAGUUAAUUACAGACUGUAUGAAGGUAAUUUUUGAGACAGGUAAGACCAAUAAACUGGAUUGGUGGAUGCUAAAAGUACAUGAAUAAUAACUUGGAAUUGCUGUACUGGAGAGUAACAUGUUUGGAAGUUAAUUGAUCAGAUAAUUUUAUGGAUAUGAACAAUUUAUAGUAUAAAAAUAGCUUCCACAAAGACAGUACUAUUUUCUGGGUUUCCAACUAAUCUUACAUAUGAUUUGUAAUAGCUAUGAUGCUCACUGUCACUUUUAAAGAUUCGUGGCGGUGCAAACAGUCCAACCUAUCCUUGGUACCAUAUGUACACCUCUGGGACAAUCCAACUUUGGCAUGUAAAGUUAUUUAGUAUUGAUGUACUGUUUCAUCACUGUUACCUUUAAAACACUCUGAUGACAAUUUCUGUUAUUGUAUUAACUAUAGGUGGACCAUCAUUCCGUUACUUUAAGUCUUUCGAUGAAGCCAAAUAUGCGAUUUCUACUGUGUUGUCUGCAGAUCCACGCUCCGUGUACAGAAGAAAGCAGUGUCAGGACCGUUUGUUUUAUUUUAGCCUUGACACUAUUCACAUCACUUGCUGGUUUGGUGAUGGAUUUGCUGAAGUACUUAGAAUACAGCCUCAUAAAGCACACGCUGAAUGUUCCAAAUGAUGACCAAAAACUAGAAGUUGUUAUAGUUAAAGACUAUUUUGGAAAGUUGCAUAUUUCAAAAUUGUUCUGAAAAAGUAUUUUUUUUCUCUAAAGACCUAAUGUGCAAGAAAACCUUCCUCUGCAAUUCUUAUGUUAUACAUGAUCAUGCAUUGUAAGGAGCUCCUCUCAUUACCAAUUCAUUACCAAUUCACAGUUGUGUUUCAUUCAGAUAUAUUUGCGACAAUAAAAAUGUGAAAAUAAACUGAAAGUGUUGUUUUAGCUCUAAUUAGUGUCUUAAUUCAGAAAGGCUGACCAGCUUUGUAAGUUGGAAUCUCAUACAUAAUUAUAGAUUGUUACCUUUUAGUGUACCUAUAAUAUUAAUUUUAUUAGUGACAGGAGGCGAAUAUUUUGCUUAAGUCUCUCUUUACUUAAGCUCCACAGCAGCACAGUUUAACAUGGAAACAG